CAGAAAACGAGACUUUUUUUCCCCACUGCUUAUCAUUUGACUCAUGGUUUUCUCUUUGUGAAUUGUUCUCAGUCCCUUUUUUUGGGGGAGCCAGAUGACUCUACCUUUAUCUCGAGACUCACCCUGACGUUCCGACUGGAGAGAGCAAAACUACCCAAGAACUUUGCUGGUGAAGAGUCUUGGUUCUGAAAUGGGCAGCGGACUGAUGUGGCUGUCCCUCGCGCUGUCAGUGGCUUGUGCAGCCGGGCAGGACACGGGGACCGGGUCCACGAAGGAGGACAUCCCCGAGGGCGCAUCCACCCUGGCGUUCGUCUUUGACGUGACCGGCUCCAUGUACGACGACCUCGUGCAGGUCAUUGAAGGCGCGUCCAAGAUCCUGGAAACAUCCCUGAGCAGACCCAAGAGACCCCUGUAUAACUUCGCCCUGGUCCCCUUUCACGAUCCAGGUAAUGACAUGCAACCAAAACCAUUCAAGUUUGAUGAGUUUAAGUGGUGACAACUUUUUUUUUUGCUUCAUUAUUUGCGGUUGACCCCCUUCAGUGACAACAAAAGCACACAGAAAAGUGAGAAAUGUGAUAGUUUGCUCACAGUCCGCCCUUUGAAUGCCUAAUGUUCCUCACACCUCCAGAGGAGGGGACUCUGGGGGAUUCUGUCUCCGCACACAGAUGUUCAGCCUGGCGGUCACUAUCAUUAGCAUUCCGCCACGGUUAGUGCGAGGCUGGAGGUUUGCAAUGCAGCUUGAUGAUUAUCAUCACCCCUGGGUGCUCUCUCAUUCUGACCAGCUAUAUAUCAUUGGCCCAUUUAACAGUAACCCUGGCUUGUAGGUCAGAGAUACAGGCACUCAGUCAUGUAACAGGACAUCAGUGAUACACUAAUGUACGGUGGCCAAGAAUGGCCACUGCUGCAAAUAAAAAAAAAAAGAAGUCACAACAAAAGUUACUGCUGCAAAAAAAAAAGAAACCAAAGCCUGCUGCAAGUAAAAAAAAAAAAGAAAUGGUGCAGAUAAAAAGGCCACAACGGAAGUUAACGUCAAGAAAAAAGUGGUGAUAGAAAAAAAAAAGUUACUUACUGCGAUACAAAAAUAGCCACAAAGGAAGUGAGCUGCCGAGGACCAGUAAUGAUGAUGCACCGGUGUUUUACGAUCUAAGCACAGAAGAAAACUGUGAGAAGACAAGCAAAGAAGUAAGUGGAAAGGUUAUUGUUUAAUUUCACUUUGUAAACUUCGUACACCAUGUAGCGCCUGAGUCGAUUUGAAGCUGAACUGAAGCUAACACUACACUGGCAUCCUCCAGAUCAACUUCGUAUCGCCUCAGGCGCAACAUGGCCUAAACAAAUGAUGCAUUAAAAAGUUUACGAAGCCGAAUUAAACAAUAAUCUUUCCAUUAACUUAUUUGAUUGUCUUCUCGCCGUCGUCUUCUGUGCCUGGAUCUUAAAACACUGUUGCAUCAUCAUUAUUGGUCCUUGGCAGCUCACUUCCGUUGUGGCUUUUUUUAUUUUCAUUCUUUUUAUCUUCGCGGUAAGUAACUUUUUUUUUUUUUUUGCAUCACCACUUUUUUUUGCGUCAUUAACUUCUGUUGUGUUUUUUUUUAUCUGCACUGUUUCUUUUUUUAUUCACAGCGGGCUUCGGUUUCUUUUUUUUUUAUCAAAAACUUCCCUCGUGGUUUCUUUUUUUUUUUUUGCAUUCUUUUUUAUUUGCAGCAGUAGCAGUUCUCGGCCACCGUACUAACCACAUAUGAGUUAAAAAAAAACAUGGUCAUCACAUCCACAGCUUAAUAGAAGUUGACAAGUUUGCAAUGGUGUGACUUUGUGUUUUAAAAUCUCUGUAAUAAGUAUUCUUAUGAGGGGGUGAGGAUAUACCUGCUUACACCAUCAAAGGCUGCUGUCAUGUUAUGUCAAGGAGGUUUGUGUGCAGCUCUGGAGCGGGACUUGUGAAAAAAAGUGCUCCAUCAUCAGGAAAAGCAAGGGGAAGUGCUUGAAACGUCUACACAGAAAACUCUACAAAACUCUUUAGUUGUAUUUGUUUUGUGUCCUUUCACAAUUUGGUUUAGUUUAUGAUCUAGACGUGCUUUAAAUGUCUUCAGUUAGACUUCAAUACACUUAACAACUACCCAAACAGACUUCUCUGAGAGAUCUGAGGGAGAAAGAGAAGGAGAUGAAUCGUCAGAGGUGAUCGGUGUGGUGAAGAGCCAGAUUCCUAUUCCAGAUGUUUGUCCUCCUCUGCGAAACUUCAGCAUAUCACACAUUCUUAUGAAACCCAGUUCCUUCAUCAUAGAUUCAAGCUGCAGCUCUGUGCCCAGAAUAAUAAUUACAUCCAAGGAAGAAAAAUGCUCCGUGUACACAAUGAUGAAUUCAUUACUUAAGCUAAAUCAUUAGCAGAUGAUAAAAGUGCUUUAAUGCAUAGUAUUUUGGACAAAACAACAGUGAUGACAGAGUAAUGGUUUUACGACUUUUAUAGCAAAUGCUACUCAUGCCAGGAAGUAAUUUUGCUGUUUCCCCUUUGCGGCACUCAAAAGCUGCAGCAGCUUGAUUCACACAUGCGCCGUUGACUUCUCCACACUUGUGUGUUUGUCCCUCUCUGCUGAGUGACGUUGGUUUUCUUCUUAAAAUGUUUACGAGGAUGUCAGAGUGUGUUCUCCCAAACCCCCAGGGGCACAGAGGAAUGAUUAGCAAAGCACACGGCAAGCAAAGGUUGCUGAACAUUUCCCCCUGUGUUUUUUUCUGCUGCCGUCUCGAUUGUCUCACUUUGUGUCUUUUAUCUGGACCCUCAGCUUUGCUUUCAUAAGAACUUUCAUUUCAGCUUUGUUUCAUUCAGACACAGAUCCACUCUCCCCGCUCAACAUCCGACCCGGUGUGAUAACUCGGUCCCUCCUGUUUGAUUUGGCUCACUUUAAAUCAGAGUCCGGAGCUUCCCCCCAUUAUUUACACUGCAAUCUGACACGGUAAACAUUAGAGAGUGUGUUUGUGUAUCUGUGUUUCUCUCGGCCUGUGUGUGUGUGUUUGUGUGUGAAGUGAGAGUGUCAGGAGGAUGCCUGGAUAUUGGGGUCAGGCUUGUGUGGGAAGAUCAGUCAGGAAGCCUCCCCCCCUUUUCCUCCAUCCUGCAGGGAGAGAAAGAAAGAAAGACAGCAAGAGGAUACUUCACAAGUCAUUUUUACUGAGGCACAGGGGCUGUGUUCUUCUGCUCCACUGUCUGAAAACACUCCAGUAAAUCCACUCAGUCGCUGAAUUUUAUGUCGCACGAUGGGCGAAAUCUACUUAAAAAAUACCACCAAGAGCUGUUCAGUGAGCUCUUUUCUGGUGCUGAAGUCCAGUGAAAGCCGACUAAUCUCUAGUUGAAGAAUUCAGCUUUACACUGAGAAGUCAAAGGUGUACUCUAAGAAAACUCUCUGCGGUAUGAAUCUGAAAUUUAUUCCACCAAAGUGAGUUUAUUUGAUGGCACUGCCACCAAUCUCUGCAGCUUGCCGAUUAACGGCAUAUUAAAACUCUAUAUUAAGUGAAGAAAAGAGAGAGAGAGAGAGAGUGUGUGUGUGUCUGCAACUUUGUUUCCAAUGCCUCCUGAGGGUCUUCACUGUUCACGGCUCUGCUGACGUCCAAACACACACAUGCUCGUCCUUGUAAAUAAUACCCUGCUGUGAGAGGGUGUGUUUGUGUGUGUGUCUUGUACGUGCUUGUGUGAGUGUUUAAUUAGCUGAGGAUGAGGUGGGUCAGAGCCCAGGGCCUCAGGUCAGUGGGGGAUUCAGCAGUUGUCUCCAAAGUGACGCAGAUGAAGUGCUGUCAGAAAUCAUUGAGACGGCAGCGUGGUUUUGUCGUGUUUGGAAAAGAGAGUUGGCGGUUUAACUGAUGCUUCUACCUUGAGGCUUCAACCCUGACCCGAACUCUUUUUGCAUGAUGUCUUGAGGUGUUUUCCUCAAGUCUCAAGUCUGAGAGUAAGCAGAUCAGCACAAACCUUGAUGAAGUGCCUGUACUUCAUAUUUGGCAAUGAAGUCUUGACCAUGAUCCUGUGUUUGGUUGUAUUGAGACAUUGUGAACUGUCCACCCAGCUUCUGUUUGAUUUGUUAUGCUGUCAUUCAGAGUUUAUUUGUCGGUCUCUGAGCGCAGACAUCCGUCAAUGUUAAGCAUCUUAAAACGCCUGGUUAACCGUGUAUCUCUACUUCCAGUGAUUCUGAGUGUGAACUGCAAAGAUUUAGACAGAGAGCUUAGAGGAGAAUUUUGUAUCUUGUUUUCGCAUCUUCUGCGUGACCUGAAAGAGCUUGUCUGGAUUGUCAGUUUGGUAAAGGUUGGAUAAACUUGUCAGAUGCUGCUACCCAGUGAUGUUACUGGAAGAUGUCGGAGGAAUUCAAACACUGUUUGACAUUUUGGAAAAAACCCUUUGAAGGAAGUAAACUGAAGACUUAACAAACAGCAAAUGUUCUGCCAAACCAGAGCGCUGGAGCACCAAGAUGAAACAGAAACAAGGGAUGGUACAAGUCCAACAGAAGAAAUACCAAGUCUUUUCUGUUUGCCAUCACUCUGCCAACACCAAGAAGUCCAAACUCAGAUUUGCCUUCCCAAAUGAAAUCAGUGGCUCUUGGCAUCUGCCUUUAGUCAUUUGGUUUCUAGAGUUUGUUUCUCUGUAGAUUGGCUACCUCUGGUUGAUGGUAUGUCUUACUACCCUUUCCAAGUCAUCUAUAGUUAGAGGAUGAUGGACCAGAGGUCUGGGCGUGGAGUGAUGAGAGAAGAUGACGGGAUAGCUUCUGCCUCCUCUGCAUGAUCAAAGGCUCUCAUCUCACGACGCCCUUUGUUGGUGCUCACCGUCCUUUUCCACCUACCCCCUUUUUCUCCCUUUGUUUCCUUCUUUGCAGAGCAGCAGUUUUUUUUUUGACUGAACCACCCCACCCGUGUGAGAUUACAAGGAGCCUGCGCUUAGCUGGACGGAGUCAAUAAUGAUGCUAUUAGGCAGGAAUGCCAAAAGAGAGAGGUGGAGUUUUUUUGGGGUAGAAUUAGAGGAGGAGUGUGGCAGACUACAAUGAGUGUCUUUGUGUUUCAUGUUCUCAUUGACCUGCCCUGGAAUAUUAAAAUGGCCUUUAAUUUUUAGGAGGGGGCAUACGUAAACCCUCUGAAGUGUCCUAGGUGCUCUUAGUGCGAUUGUUUCAACUCCAUUUAGCUUUGUAAUCGGCGCUCUGAGGUUAUCCUCUUUUAUCUUGGGAGGCAGCACAUACCUGAGGGAUGUUGCAGGUGUUUAAAGUUGUCACAGGUAAUUGACCUUUGGAUGCAGUGGCUUACAUAAAUCCAUGACUCAGACGUCCCAUUCAAAAGGCAUUUGUCAAACUUUUGGUUUAGUUCCCCUCAAGGGUCUGGAUUUGUUUUUAUGGACUCUGCUGAAUUCCAAGCAUCAUCCCAAAGUCCCGAAGCUCUGACAAUUUUAAUGCCCUAGGCGGGAUGAGGAUUCAGAGACAACAGGUAUCUCUCUCUCACAACAACUGGAUGGAUAUAUGGUAGAUGCAGCUACCCUUCCUUUAUAUCACGUCAUGAUGCUCAUCUCUCACUUGCACAUUAAUGCACAUCACAUGACUCAGCAUUGCAAGUGCAGGCCAGGGUCAGAGCCAGGUGAAAUGGUAAACAAGAAGAGGAGUUUAUUAUUGUUAAUUUAUGCUGAUGGUGCCAAGGGAUGCAAUGAAUUAUAGUUGACCUCCUGUAUCUUCUAUGCCAGCCCUGUCCUUAAGAAUCGAAGGCUGCAAGGAAAAAGUGGGAGGACAUGGUAGGGGUAAAGAUAGUCCUGGUUAUGGGUUGAUGAACAGAAACUGAAGAGGGAAGAGAAGGAAGAAAGAAAAGAGUUACUACAAUAAAACCAUGUUUUUUUCCAUCUCCCUUGCAAGGAAGAUGAUUACAUAUCAUGGUCUGUUAAUACAUCUGCCGAUCGUAGCUGAUCGUUUCCAUUCAAGUUAAUGUGUGAAUUUCCACCGGCUUCUUUACGUUCUGCUGCAGAUCGCCUGACCCCGCAGCUGAUCGCAGGAGUUCUAUUUUUUCCGGACACCGAGGCAAGCCGGAUAAAUUCCGCACAGAUUAACCCGUGCUGGAAAGGAAGUCGGGCACAGACACAAAAUAAAACAUCCACCUUCUUUUCAAAAUAAAACACUCCUUGUUUCAGGCGGAUCGUAUUUCACACCAUGCAAACAGGUGGGGACAAAAAGUGAAAGGUUUUUAGACAGCAUUUCAUCCUGAUGACACCAUAGAUGAGAGGAUGCUGAUUUUAUAAGUCUGGAAGUAGAUUUCCUCCUCUGGAAGGAAACUAUCCACUGCUUAUAUGGUUAGCCUAUGUGGCUUAAGACAACUUGUUAUUGCGCAAUUGCACGUGAAUCUGUGGGUUCUUGUGAGUUCUCGGGAUUCCUGCUGUCCAUAAUCCACCACGAAAUUCGCCUCACAAACAGAUCCGGUAGGAAUUGGCACAUGGCGAAAAUCAUAGCUGUUCCGGAUGCGGUUGAAAUCCCAGGUUAGACAGGAAAUAAAGGAGCUGCCUUUAGUUCAGGAAGUAGUGGAGCUGUGCAAAGAGUCCAUUCAUAGUUCUAAUUGCUGAGUUAUUCUGUUGAGUAACUUGUGUGUUAUUUUAGGUACAGAUAGAUCAAGUCAAGUAGACUUGAUCAGUUGUGAAGGAAAAAUUCUGAAGUGGGGUAUUUGGCCUUUACUUUCUGCAUGUUUAAAGAACUUCCUCUAUAUGUUUGCUGCAUGAUGUGUUUUUCCUGUUCUGUGCCAGACAUGUUUACCUGACAUAUCCCUAACUACUACCAUGUGUCCUCAGCGUAAGCAGCCACUUACUCCAUGUUCAUUUAUCAAGCGGGGAUGAGCACCCCAGGCAAGUCAGGUGAUCUUGAUUGCAGCUGUCGCUUCCUUCCUUUUGUUGGUGGGGAGCGGGGUAUAAAUGCUGCUGUCAUGAGUUGUAUCAUACAUGCAAAAACUUCUGAAAACUUCUGCGAAAAAUUGCUAAAUUGGCUGCAUGUGUGAAUGCAAAUCGCUGAAAUUUUGUGCAGGCUUUUCCUGCCAGCUCCGAAAGUAAAACAUUUGCAAGGAGUCAAGUGAGCAGCAGGACACACUGACACAGUACACCAAAAGGCAAGCAAGUUAAGGCUAUGAGCUGAUAACACCAACAUGGGUGUUUGAACAAAACUGCAAACAUGUUUAUUUUGGCUGGAAAGAUUUUUUUAGAAUGAGUGUGUAUGUGGUGUUCAUGGCUUUUGCAGCCAGCCUCGAGUGGACACUUAAGGCACUGCGGUGUCAAGCACUCUGGCACUCUGCUAGUUGAAGACAGAAUAACAUUUUCAAGGUUAGUACAACAAAGACUUUUCCACAUUCAGCCAACCUCUCCUAGAGUGAAGGAACUCUGGAAAAGUGCAGCCCAACUCCAACUCAAGUGACAUCCAACUUGUUGCGACAUUUCUUAAACUGUGUUUCAGCCGUAUAGCAUUUUCAGAAAAACUCAAGUGAAGCUGUGAAUAACACACUGACCUAUUUUUAUGCCCCUAUAGCGAAAGUUUGGCUCACACUUUAUGUCCAAUUCACUGACAUUUAACUGGAGUGGAUUGUUUCCAGCUGCUCAUUGCCAGUUAUGCCAACUGCAGGCGUACGCUUUCUAUGUUGUCUUUAUAAGUUUUUGCAAGUCAGCAUUUUUUUUUUCAGCUUUAUUACUCAAAAUAAUAAGCAGCAAACUCAGUCAGUUACACUGUUGCCCCUUUAUGGAGGGCUUUCCUCAAAUCUGUGUUUUAUAGUCAAUUUAGACUCUACAGAGCAAUGUCUAGACAUUACUAUAAAGAAAACAUUUUCCCUAAAGGGCUUGUAUUUUAUCACAGAUUCAUUCGAUUUUCAUUGUUUUACAUCAAACUUUUGGCAGCUGGAGGACUAAAUCAGAGCAUAUUAGAUUUAUAUUCGAUUGAUCUGGUGCCAGAGUUGAACAUUCCCAUGGUUUGGUUUGGCAUGACCUCAUUUUCUUUGCUGUGGAAGCUGUUUAUGUUCAUUUCAGUCGAAACAUAUGUUGGGCUCUCAGCAGCUUUGCUGGUGUGUCAGGAGUGACAUUUGCUCGUAAACCAUCAGUCCAAGAGUGAUGGGCUUCUUUUCAGAUGGAGGACACACCUAUGAGUUAUUGUAUAUUUGCCCCCUGCCGGCGUUACUUUCAGCUGGAUGACCCUGUGAUGCAGCCUAUCUUUUGCCCUUAUUGGCACACAGUUAAAUCCUCAAAACUGUCCCAACCAUUAUUUUAUAUGAGGUGGUCCUUGCCUAUAAUUUGUCAGUACAGGUUGUCUUAGCUAGCUGGUUAUUAGUCCCAUGUCAGGCUGUCCCGAUGUCGGAUUUUAGCCUCAUUAUAGUAACGAUAUAAUGAUAUUAUCGCAAUAUUCUUGGAAAAAUUAAAAUUUAGAAUAACACAAUAAGUAAAAUUCAGAGGAAGCAAGAAAAGUGUGAAGCAACGUGAUAUACUGUGUUUUAAAAGUCUGGCAUCCCUGGCAGUGUAACUGAAACUUCUUUAGAGAAGUCUUUGCCUUAUAAAAUGAUUUUUGGCAUGCUUUUAUUCUGUUAAUUUUUCAUACACUUUAUAACUAUGCUUUUAUUUUGUAGAGCAAGUUACCUUCUGUAUGUGAGUUACAGAACUGAAUAGAAACAGACGAAGGGUCUGAAAGUAAAGAUUAGUAACUCAAAGAGACACAAGCUUUAAUGAUCAUGAAAUAUUAGAUUUUUUAAGUGCCUCAUCAUCUCUUAGAGUGAAUAUCAUGUAAGUCAGCUGGCCAAAAACCUCCAGCAUUUGUAAAUAGAUCAUUGUGUACUAGCAUGUUCACCACAGCCACUUUAUAAGGUGAUAAUAUGUCCGAGUUGUUGCCAAAAACUCUUCACUUCAUUCUGUCUUCUUGGUCAGGAAAAGCAUUACAUGCUUGUAAAAGUUUAAUGGUGUUAUCAUGACAGGACCUCAAAGUUUACAGCUGCACAUGAGUUUUUAGUGGCAGAAUGUAUGUUCCGCAUUUAAUAUAUAGAUGAACUUUAACUGUAAUAAAGUUUUUUGGGGGGAGAAGCCAAACAAUCCCAACAGUUUAGUUGUUCCAUCAGAAAGACUUUAACCUGAUCUAUUCUACACUAUUAAAAAUGUAAGCAGUCCUGACAUAGAGCACAGUCACUACAUCCAAAAUCGCUCUUUGGGUUAGCAGGAAAACAUUGUGUCUGUCCUUCCAAACCGAUGCUUCUGUUCCUGUUUCUUUAAACAAACCUGUAUUUAUUGGAAGUCUGCACAACUGGUGAUAUAACCAUGUGUUUGCACUAGAAAAAGAGGCAUAAAGAUGGAUGCAAAGGUCAAAAGAAGAGUUAAACAACAAAGCAUCUGAGAACUUUGAUUGGCAUGGAGGCCUGUGCUUUUUUUAAAUGUGUCUGGACCAGACAAGUGUUUAGGGAUCCUGAAUUACAGACUGUGAGGCUGAAGGUCAGGCUGUCAGUGCCCUCUGCCCCCUGCCUCUGAGGACUAUGUUUUGAGGGAAGUCGUUUAUCUUGGAGACCACCUUAGACCUGUGUGUUCUCAGAUUUUUUAUGCCUGCAGACUUUAUUAAGCACUAGUAACAGUUAAAAAUCACAGGGAUCAGCAUAAAGCACUCAAAAUUACACGGUUAUAAUAAACUGCGUUCAUCUAUGCAGGUGGCUUUCUUAAACAUUAGCUUGUUGUGUUGUUUUGACAUCAACAGAGUUUGCCAGAGCAGUAGCAGUGGUUAAGUCCAACAGUCCUUGGGCCAUGGAGGGUUGUAUCUUGUGCAGUGAUUUAAGGGUAAUGAAAUGGCAUGACGAUUCCCACCAGGACACGAGCAAGGUUUCAAACAUUGUUGAAGAAAAUCCAGUGAGAUAGAAAUCCUGUUAUUUUUAACAACACGUCUCGGUAGUCCUGUAGACAGACUUGUGAGCUGUGACUGGCUGGUUGGAAAUCAUUGCCUCAGACAUCUGAGUGUGCAUGUGUGUGUGGUCGGAUGUGCUGAUGUGCUGCAUCUGAGGUUUCUCUGUCUGCUUCAGCGUGCACAAUUAGAACUUUCCCCGUAAAACAAAAGAGGCACACUUAACAGAAAAAAACCACACAGGCAUAUUAUAGCGCUCUUGGACUACUCCAUCACUCAUAAAAUGCUCGGUCAUGAGCUGUGCUGCUCUGUGGUUUUAAUAUUAUGGUUGUGACCACUGGUUUUCAAACCACAUAUUUAAUUUCUUUAGGCUGAUUACUGCAAGUAAAAGGCCACAUUCAGUUAUGAAGUAGUUUUUUUUUAAAGAAGUGAAUCAUAGAAUCAACCUCAGCCAAGUCUCAGGGUUUAAGCCCUAAUUUUUCAAUCAGAACCACAUGUGGAAACAUCACACUAUGCUCCCUAUCAGUACCAGACUUUGCCCUUUAAGCCCUUUAGAGAGCCAUUCAGGGACUCAACAGACACACCGCUACCUGAUGCUCCUCUAAGCAGCUGCUUUUUUCUUUUUUUAUCCACUUCUCCAGCCUUUCCUCUUCUGCUUGAUGUGUUGUCAUGGAAAUGGAAUAAGCAUCAGUCUUAGCAACUUGCUGUGAUGCAUUAUGGGAAACAGAGAUGUUGCACAAUGCAACCUAUCAGUGGGGGUGUCAGUUUUCUCAGCGGUGCUAAUAACCAUAGCAAGGUUUCUACAUGAAUUAUGACCGUGAGUUGUUUUCGUUUUGGUUUCACCCAGUUUGACCCAGAAACCUGUCUCAGGGAGUCUUAGUUGAGGAGUAGAGAGAAAGCAGUGGUUUUGAGGAAACUUGGACCAGUCAUUAGUUACACAGCUUUGUCUAUGAUCACUGCACACUGUGACCACAGCUCUUCCACUCACAGUUAUUUGACUUUUUGCAGCGUUUUUUUGUAUAAACCGUUUGCACGAAAACCAGCGAGGUUGUAUAAAGCUCACAAGCCACCUUAAUGGAGACUGCAAAUAAGCCUCUGUGUGGAACAGUCUUAAUAUGAACCAGAUUCACAGUUUGUUCCCACCAAAAUUGGAAUUCCAAAGAAUCUCAGAGACACUAUGAUUAGUGACAAAUUUAAUGGUCAGAAAAAAUUACGAGCCUGCAGAGAGGUAGUUACAUUAUUUGUCAGCCUCAUAUAUCUGUCACAUGAACUAUUUUCUUAUGAAAGCAUCGUAGACCAGAGACAGAUGAGCCUCUUGAUCCCUAUGGUAACAGAAUCUGGCCACCCCAUUGUCUCUUAAAUGGUGAGAUGUUGCUCAGAGCCAACACAAUACUAAACAUUACAAAAGUGGACAUUUACAAUGACUCACACAACAAUAAUGUCACUUUGUUGUUAUUGUUAAAAGGCUAGAGGCAGAAUAUAUGUAAUCUUCAUAUUUGGUAUGAAGCAAGCGGGUGUGUUAGUGUGAGUAUUAAUGUAAGUAUCCUUAAACCUAAGUUUAAGGAUACUUAAACCUAAUGUGGAGAUGGUAUGACGGUAUCAAAAUUUGGAUACCACCCAACCCUACCUAAGAUACAAUAACGAGGAGUAGUUUGGCAAAACGAAAAGAAGAAAUAUGAUGACAUUUUUUAUAUAAAUGGUUUUAUAUAGGAUUUAAUGACAGGCAAAGAAUUGCCUCAGUAUCCCAUGAUUCUGGCCUCCCUGCUGACCUUUAUAGUUAUUUAUAGGUAUUUAUUUAUAGGUAUUUCUCUCAAAAAUGAGAAUUUAGCCAAAUUAAAAGCUCAUGUAAGGAUUUCUUAGCUGGUUUUGAAACAGACUCAAGUGAGCAUAGUCUCUGUAUGACCUUGAAAGUUAACAAGACCAUCAGCAACAGCGUAGAUUAUUUAUGUACUAUGAGUUUUAAUGCUUGUACUCACUGUGAGGGGGUAGGUGUCAGGUCAAAUGAUUAACAGACAAAAGGUAAGAUGUCCAUUUGUCCAUAGGAGGCAACAAAACUGACACAAUCACAAAGCUUCAAGGUAAAACUACUCCAGGUGAAUUUAUGGUUUGUUUUUUUCUGGCCAGACCAUGCAUAGAUAAUUAAGUUAAAGAGCAAUCUUUGCAUCAGAGGUCAACUUUACAGGGUUCAGAAAUCGUCUUGAAAAACAAUGCAAACAGUCUGAACAAAUUUUCACAUGAGGUAUCAAUGACAAAGACUCAUCUCUAUCUCUAUGAAAGCGAUGAAGUAGUAGACAAUCGGAAUGAACCUCGCUUUGAGCGAAAAUCACUUAUUAUGAACCUCCUUGUCUUUUCAUAUUUGUCUGCAUUCUUCUCUUGUGGCUGGUAUUCAGACACAAAGACUCUGUGGUCGCCCAACCACACAGACAUAUGACAUUGAACUCUCUCUUUUAUAUUUUUUUCUGAGUAGAAAUCCCCAAUUUUAUACGUCAUAUUCUGUCAUAUGGAGAGUGUGGAGAAAGGUUUGUAAUUUCCAACAUGUGAUAAUGUUUAGAUCAACAUUGUCGGCCCCACGGUGAUCAUUUCACCCCAUCCUAAGCCCCACCACAGACCACAUGUCAAUGGAGCAUCAAAACACGUGUGGUAACAAGUGGGAAACGUCAUUCAGUUUCUUUAUUUUACUGUUUUUUUUUUUGUGUAGAUAAUAUUUAUGACAAGCAUGAAUGAUAAUAACACACAGAUGGUCCGAGAUGACAGAUUUCCUGCAUCCUCUUAAAUCUUUGAUUGACCACAACAGUCAUUUCCUCAAUUACACACUGAAACCACGAACACAGUUACACAAUUACUCUCAUGGUGGUUUAUAAUAAAAUAAAAACAUGAGACAGAUUAAAGUUGCGUUUAUUAAUAUUAAUAUCUAUAAAUGUCACAUCUAUGGCUGCAUGAAUGGUUGCACCACAAAACCACACAACCCCAUAAACGACGGUCAUAAAUUUGCAUACACACAGCCUACACACUUAAUCCAGACUAACCCUGGGGUUGCCUGGGUUUCUGGGUUCUGUCUUCGGCACCGGUUAUCACGUCAGAUGGAUGACUGGUUGAGAGUUCAGAGCUGUCGUCCCUCUCUAGAACGUGCUCCCCAUCAGGCUGCACAUCUGGGAGGGAUUUCAUGCCUGUGUGUGGUGUGUGCAUCCCUGAUGUUUUAAAAUGACGACCUGAAUUCAUGAAUUCCAUUAAUAGGGAUCUGUGGAAUUGGGGCCCAUUGUCUUAAGACACAUCCAAUCAUGUUCAAGAGCAGAGUCAAGCUGCCUGGUGGUCUUCUUCUCUUGCUCUUGGUUGUGCGGGGAAGUUUCCAUCACAAACUCAGGUUUGUGGUGGCUUCAAAUCAAGCCUGUCGUCGGCUCCGUUGCUUCGGGCUAAACCUCAGUCAUCGGACGGCAGCUGGGGUUUCAGACAGGGUGAAAGAUGCAGUUUAAAAGAGCAAAAGGCAAAGAGAAGAAAUAAAGGAGGCAGUGUUAUAAAGGCAGCAAAAAUGUGGAGAAGAAACAAAGGGGUGAUUGGAAAAGAGCAUAGAAGGAGCCAGGUGAUUGGCACGCUCUGGAUCCAACACACUGAGAAAGCCAAAGAAGAGUUUAUGAGUUUAUACAGGCAGUUUUCAUCAACCAUAGUUUGAUCUUUUUUAUGUUGACAGUUAACAGGACAGAAGUGCAGAUUAUUACCCUUCAGAGCAUCUGACCACUUCCUCUGCACUCUGUUUUCCCAUUCCUAAUAAGCAGACAUGAACUCCAAAAAAAGCAGGAAUUAAUCUCCAUCAAGGAUUUGCAAUUUCCUGUUUGGAAAGACUUUCCAAGAAGAUUUCACCACCUGCAUCUUGAGUGAAGCCGGCCAAUUUAAGCAGACGUUAGCAAGGCUUUUGAUCUGAUUAAAGAAGAAAGCAGAAAAGACAAUCAGAUAGAAAAUGAAAAGUCAAUGAAACACGAUUAAGAGUGAAAGAGUAAUGAAAGACAAGAAGCGUUAGCAGUAGGCAGGAAUAGUGAAAUAAUAGCUCAUUGUUUUUUGUAUGAAGCGCGUUCAGGCUGAGAGAGUUUCUUUGCGAACUCUUGAGACUGAGUUGGUGGACCCUCUCAAACUGAGGUAUUUACAGAUCCCUCGACCUUCUAUCUGCUGGACAUUCACUCCAAUUUGUGUGUGAAUCCAAACUUCGGUUCAAACUGGAACACGUCUGCUCUUUCUCAUUCAGUAUGUUUAGUGCUGGACACUUUCCUCUCUGAGGCUCCCUAAUUGCACUGUGUGCUGUUUCACAUGUGUUUCCUCAGUGGGGCUGAUUAAGUGAAUUAUGGGUCAGAAUGACAGCCACUCUCAUUCUGGCAGAUUUUUUACCCUGAGUCAGCAGAAAGACAGAGAGCAGUUUGUGUUUACAGCCUCUGCUGCAGUUAAGUGCUGUAACAGCCACAUGUUGUGUAACCUGUUGGAUUUUGUUGGACGGGGAAGCCGCUGGACUUCCUUUAGCAGAGCAUUGUUUUAAUAUGCAGUAUCACUUACCCUUGAAACUCUACCCUGUUUUGCAUACAGAAGUUCAGUCCAGUUAAAAAGACUUGGUUUAAAAUUAGUUGAUUGUCAAAAAACAAUAAUUUUCUUCUGUUUUCUCAGAAGACUUUGACUGUUGGAAGGAAACAGCCCACUCAAGAGACUAAUACAUCGGCUGCAAUGAAAGCUCUGAAUCCAGCUCCUUUCAUCUGACAGCUGUUGAGCUUUUUAUCCAUAAUUGUAAUCAGACAUCUGCAAACAAAUGCAGCUGACAAUCAAUUCGUUAAAAGAAACACUGAAGAUGUGAGCUUCAUUCUCACAUCUAAAGAUGCUUGACGGACUCUAAACAAGAAGGGGUGCAUGAACAAGGCAGUCUCUCCACCAUCUAUCUGAGUAGGUAGGAAUUUGUCAGAUGAUACUUGACAGGUUCUGAGAUGUGGUUUGGUGUCCUUCAUAAUCCUUCUGUUGAGGCAUCCAGAAUCUUUACUGAGGGUUUGGAUCUAAAAACUGUUGCAGUCCCUUUUUUUUUUGAUCAAAUGACUUGUCAACUCUCUUUCGACAAGAUGAUCGGAGAGGUUGUUGAAGGUGAGAUUGAAGUCACAUCACUUCUACAUUUGCAUGCAGAGUUCAAGAAGUAGUACUCUGUUUAAAGGGAUAUGCUAGGGAUAAGUUAGGGUCAAACACACAGUAACACCGAGCUAGACACCUCCUUGAGAGAUGAAUGUUGCAGGUUGUUUGCUUCUCCAAUUAUACCAACUUUAGUAACAACCGCACGAUAGCAAUACACACCGGAUCAAUGUCUUCACACGGAAACUUCAACUGAAAAGCCACUCUAUAGCCACAGCACCCAACUUCAUCAACAGUACAUAUAGAGUCCCAGCCAUAGCGCUAGCCACCAAACAUCUUUCUAGCUUUGCCUAAUUUCUUCAGCAAAGAGACCAAACACAACUCACCUACUCUCUUCCAGCAGCUGCUUGUGUGUAGGGAGAGCUCGGACGAGUCCAUCAACAACUGCAGCAGGGUGAUGCAGCUCAAGGAAGAACAUUUACGGGGUGUCUAACUCGGUGUUAUGGUGUGUUUGACCCUAACUUAAUUUUACGCCGGAAUAUCCCUUUAAAGGAAGAAGAUGUUUCCCUCUUUGACUGCUUUGCUGCUCAAAGUCCUGGUUAGGGGCUGCUCAUGGUUUGUUUUGUCACAGUACUGGCUAUACAGAGGGUUACUUAGGGGUUUGGUUUUUAGAAGCUAUCUGAAUAACUGUGAGUGUGGGACAUCUUAUUUUUUGCCUUAGGAAUGAAAAAAAUGAACAGAAAUGCUGUAAAACAGCAAAUGUAAAGUCUCAACCGGCUGUGGCAGAAGUUCAGGAGGUAUUGAACACAAAACUUAGAAAUACAAAACUUUCCCAAGCUGCCUCAUAAUAUCCUGCUCACAAAUAUCAGUAGUGCGUAUGACACUUUUUUGUGAUGGUGCCGCUUAUGAAACGCUUAUUCCUGAAGUAUCGCUGCCAAAAUUCAGACUUUUUCAAUUGGAAGACAUCAACAUCGCUGACCUUUCAGAGCAUUGGCCUUGAGAUUCCUUGGUGCUGAUGUUGUGAGGAAAGAGACGCUCAGUCCAUAGUGAGUACAUGAGCCAUUCCCAGCAAAUUACUUUAAGCCCUGAUGUCAGUGGAGGUGAACCAGAGUUUGCCAUUGGACUGUUGCCCAGUCUGUUCCAUCCCAUUAGACCUUCUGCGAGUGCUUAAGCUCACACGUGAUCUGCAGAUGCAUACUUUCACAGGCGGCAUUACGGAUGAAUGCUGUCAUAUCAAGGUGCAGGCUGGAAUCAUUUGUUUUGAUUGUACCAACAGCUUAAACAAAAAGAUUAAAAGGCAGGAUAAGAUGCAGCUUUUAACUCGGGAUGUGUUUGUUUUGGUCAUUUUUUCUCCUUUGUUGUUGCUUCUUGUCAGAGUUCAGAGCAUUCUUUCACUCUGAGUUCAUUCAUUCGGCCCUGUUCAUGCCACCUCUUUGUCAUCAUAGAGAAAGCAUUGAAACUAUUUCCUGUGCGGCAUCCAGAAAACUACAUUCACAUUUUCCAAGUACGUGCAAUCGUGUUUGGCGAGUUUGCAUCGUGCCUUCAAACAUGUUUAUGCUGUAAAUAAGCAAAGUUGUAUAGGCGAGGAGAAACUCCUAACAGGCAGGUCAGGCCCAUGUUGAACAGCCAUCUGCUGCGACUGUGUUGAGCUUGGAUUGAUGGACAGAGGGGUUCGCACGAAGAGGGAGCCGUAUGGAGGCGGACAACCACAAUAACAGCAACCAAAGAAAGCCCUAUGGAAGCCUAAGGCCGGAGAUAUGUAUUUACAGUACAUCUGCAUAAAGUGCAUCUGAUCGCCAUGUCAGCUGUGCACAUCCUCAAAAAUGAUGCGACUCAGACUGGAGAUGCCUUAUGCAUAUGAGGGAAAUGAAGAAGCAGAAGGGAUGUGAGGGGUUAGGUUUGGGCUGCCAACAACUUCUAAUGAAUGUCAAACAUGGCGUGCAAAUGUUCAGAAAAGGGGCCUGUUGUAAAAGUAGCCGUCAUACUGGGCUGAAUACUUGCUGUUGCACCACUCCACCUCCUCUGCCACAACUACUGCUUCACGUGGGAUACAUGCAAGCUAUUGAGUAUCCCUGCAAAUUUGUUGUGUUGUGUUGUGAUUGUCUGCUCAGUGCAGCUUUACUUGACCAUGUCCUCCAUUCUUGAAGAACAAUAUCACUGUAUUGGUUUACUGAGGUCAAAAGUGCAUGGAUUGGUCAAGUUACAAUGAGACGGUCCUCUGGUAGAUCCUACAGCUAGCCACUUCGGGCAGCCUGAUGCCCUGGUAUACUGUAUUAUUAUGACUUUGAACAGCUUAUUACAAAUUAUGAUUAUGAAAUUUACCUCAGAGCCCAAAUGAGGGUUUGAAUUUCAGAUUUCAGAUUCAGAUUUCUUUUGUGCAACUGGGGAGAGAUAAGUUAUAGUUUAGAAGUCAAUGUGAAAACCUGCAAAACUUAAUGGAAACAAAUCUAGGGCUGUUGUGUCCUAUCCCGGAGGAAAAUCCUAGAAAAACUGAUUGAGGCAGGGCCAAUACUGUGCCCACAUCAAGCCGAUAAAAUCCAGAUUUAAUAUAAUCAUGGCCUCCUUGAAAUCCUCUCAUUCUUUUGUCUCAAACCCAGUGGUUGCAUACAACUUGAGGUCUCUGGUGUGCCUUCCAGUGGUAUCCUCCAGCAAGACCCACUGUGCAUAGUCCAGUUUGUGCCGAUCACGUGCAUAAUCAAGCCAGUUGUCCAUGGAAAUGCAACAGUAAGUAGAGGUAUAUCUCCAGCCUAAGCCUAUUGCAGCAAUGACCUGCAGCGUAAUGGUUUUCAGGGGUGACAGGGCUCUUGAAGACAUCAUUGUGCACAAAAAAGAGACCGACAUUUGCAUGAGAAAUUCAUGCUGGCUGUCUAGACAUGCAGGGAAAAUUCAUUUUUGGUACUAGAGCAGUAAUGAAUCCCUUUCACCACAAGUCAUUAGGUGUUCUUGGACUGCAGGGACUGUGAUUUUUUCAAUGUAAGACUUGGUCUGAAAAGCAGAACUCUUGCUCGUGGUUUAAAUAGUGGAUCUACUAGGAAUGGCUGUGCUCACUCAGAUCAUCUCACAAGUAGAGUUUAAAGAGUUAGUUCUGGUUUUCCACAGUCCUUUGGUUGUAGUUAGACACAUUGUAGUCAGAGGAGUCUAAAGAAUACUUACAACAGCCACGGGAACUCGUCCCAGAAGGAGAGACAUGUCAGCUUUUCCAUCUUUGAAAAGUCUGGCUCAAGAUUCAUGUUCCGUUUAGAGCGGCCAGACACAUUUCCAUGUUAGUUUUUUAAAAGCGUUUCUGAUGGCAGCAAAUGUUCCCCCACUCCACCUUGAGGAUUUACGAGGAUGCCAAAAUCUGGGUCAUUUGGAAAAAGACUUCUUACCUCUUUGUGUAUGUUAUUAAAUAAAUUGAAUGUGCUCGCGGAGUGGAGUGCUUCUCGAGGAAAUGAAAGGCGAUGCUGCUUGUGGAGAAAGAAAGGAAAAUGCUUGUGAUUCCAUGGUAUGAAACGAGGAGUUACGUCCAGCCCGUCACCCUUAAAUCUUUAAAUAUAAAAGAAUCACUUGAGACAGAAGACAGGAGUAGUUCAAGAGUCUAAGCGUGCCACUAAACUGAAUUUCUGAUUUCAGCCCUGGCUUUCAGACAAAGUCAAAGACUCCUGUAAAACAGCUCAGUAGUCCUUUGACAUUGUCCUCUGCUCAACAAGGGAAACCUUGUUCCCAAUCUGCUGACAUGUGAAGAACUUCAGAGUAUAUGUAUGCGUGUGCCUCCGUGUGUGUGCCUCUGUGUGUGUGUGUGUGUGUGUGUGUGUGUGUGUGUGUGUGUGUGUGUGUGUGUGUGUGUGUGUGUGUGUGUGUGUGUGUGUGUGUGUUUUGCAGCCCCCUCAUCAGGCCCAUUCCACAGCACAGCUGCAGUAGGGGGCUUAGCAGCUCAUUAACAGAAAGAACAAAGUGAGUGAGGAGACAGCAGUGACCGACUACCGACACUGUCAGAGAUUCGGGGCACAGGCUGUGUUGUCACUGCGAGGUGGAGGUGCCCCCUUCUGCAGUACGGUAAAUGAAGGUCCCACUUGCCUCGAACCCCUCGCAAACAUGGACCAGUUGUCAAGCAUGACCUGGGUGCCCACGUCUGCGCAUUGAUCAUUGUCAAUAAAACCUAAAAACCUGAAAACUGCUGAAAACCUGUGAAGUUUCUGUCUAAGAUGCAUCCAAAACACUCUGUUCUCCUCCAAUUAGCCAUAAUAUUAUGACCACCUGUUCAGUUCAGUGUCGUCUAAUUUCAGCAGCACUACCAUAAAUUAUACUUUCAGGGACUUCUGCGUUUUCCUUUUUUCUUGACAUGCUUUGAAGGUGGGGGAACUGUUCUUUACAUUAGAGUGGAUGGUGCUGAUGUACUAGAGUGCAUUAUAAAGUUCAUCUUAAUAUUCUUCCAGCUCCACUUUACAGUACACGAGUGGUGCAGUGCUUUCAGAUGCUCUCUGCUACUUUGAGCUGGUAUCUUGGAUGGACUUUGUUUUAGUUCACUGUUUCAUGAAGGUCAUAGUUUUUCCACAAAUGGGCCAAAUGUGAUUAUUGAAAGUGUAACUGUGUUGAUAGUAUAUUUAAUAGGGCGCUGAUUAGCUUAACAGUUAUACACAACCCAUAUACAGAGGCCAUUGUCCUCACUGUAGUAUUCAUUGUUUCAGCUCUUAGCAACGACCUUUUUCUGCAUGUCUGCCCUCUCUCUCUAUUCUCCCCACACUGUCUCAUUACCUGUCUUGUAUAAUAAAGGCAAAAAUGCCCAAAGCAUGUGCCCUGCUUUACAUAUAAAGAAAUGAUAGUGUUAGUCAUGCUAGCUACAAAUAAACAAACUUUAACAAUCGUUCAUAAACUGACAUUAUGGCAUAGUUAGUACCUUUCCUCUCUCAUUUCUCCAUCUUUAACAGGCUUUAUUAAUUGUUCUCAUUUAAGUAUGUAAUCUACUCUGACUGAUCCAGAUGCAGGUUAAAGUUAAACUGCAUGACUAGUGGCAAGUCCUGUCAAAUUAAUUUAUCUAACUUUCAUCUGAUCUGUCCCGAGAAUCAUCUUAUGGCUGUAGCUCCAUGUCAUUUUUGAGAUAUCUCUUCUUUAUCAUCUGUCAGUCUCUGCAGAUCCUUUUCCUCUUUCUAUCAUGGUUAGAUGUUUACCACCGCUGCAGUGCAUGAUAUAACAUUUAAAUCUGAAUAUCACAUAUCUGCCAAAACUAAUGUAGACUUGAGGAAACAAAAAAUGUCAUUUUAAUCACUGGGACUCUCUCUCUCUGUUUUCUCUUCGCAGAGAUUGGACCGGUAACAAUCACAACAGACCCCAAGAAGUUCCAGUACGAGCUGAGAGAGCUCUACGUCCAGGUGGGUUCAGAAUUCACAUCAAUCAAAAAGCGAGGAAACGGCAGCAGGAGCGCGGCUGCUUUAGCAGUUAGCAUAGUGUCAUCUGGCCUUGAUAAAAGCAGACUCAGUCCUUACAGACAUCUUGUUAGCUGAUUAAAGCCGAGCCUGAUUGGUGUGUCUACUUCGGAUGAUGAAAGAACUUUUCAAACAAUAAUUUAUUUCCUGUACUUUUACAAGUACUGCUCCUGUUUUAUUGGGGUUUUCAGCUCCUUAGUUACCAGAGGACCUAAAACUGAAAACCUCUUAUUCAUCCCAUAUUUAUUUGCCUUCCUGCGCCAUUACAAACAAGUGUAUAAACAAUAACAUACAAUGACUGGAUAGCUAAACAGAAGUCUGCCAAGUUUGAAUUUUUGUGUAAUCAUUUGGAGAGGGAAAAAAACCCUUGAGCGAGAAACUACAAAACUGAGACUCCUCGUGUUGAAAGAUGGCAGAGACACAGAUUAAGUGUUCAUCUUCGGUAUGUGUGAAUGUUAAUACGGAGUGCAAGCAUGUUGUGUAGAGUGGAAGAGAUCCAGUUUCCUCUCUCUCACUGCCUCAUUCCUGACUCUGUUUUUCCUCCCCUCACCUCUUCACCUGCUCAAACCCCGAGGAGGUUUUGGCCGGAGAGGAUGGAAAAGAUGCUCUUUGGAAUUUACAUUUUUUCCUGGAAUUGAAAUUCUUCCAGUAUAACAGACGUUGGGUUUAAAUAGCGAGGAUGUGAGGUAACGCUUAAUGUUUUACUUCUAAGCACACAGUAAGGCUGUCAGGCUCAGUCAAGAGGUCAGUCUAUCAGUGAAGGAUUGGAUCUAGGGGGUUAAAAGGCAGGCUGUUCCUGUAUCUUCAGCUUCCGCCCCCUCGGCCUGAAAUCAUGGGUCACUCCAUUCCAGAUGUUAAUCAUGAGGGUGAUGAAUCCUUGCAAACUAUUGAACCCUGCAGAAGAAUCGCUUCGUUUUUGUGGGAACGCUGCAGAAAACAUUCACCUUUGGCCCGCCAAGAAGACAGAAUCAUUCCCAAGUUUGGGGGAAAAUAGACAAAUUGAACAUUUGUAUGUGCUGCCAUGCAAUGCUUAACUGUUUUUGUUUCUCCUUGUGGUGCAGGAUUCUUUAUGCACCAUCUAACAUCCAAGUAGUUAGAGGUUCUCAGAGACCAACAGCCUCAUAUUGCUCUCACACCAGAUGCAAAUGAAAUUAUUAAUUUGCUAGAUUUGCAUGUAUCUGAAACAAAUGCAUUAUAAUCCACAGGUGAGUCUAAUAAAAAGGUCAUGUGUUACAAAGCAGUGAGAGCAGUGCGUGCUAAACUAACCUAUCAGCUGAACUACCCAGAGAGCUUUACAAACCCACAAAAGCAUUAAAGACACGUACAUGCUCACACUGUUUGCUGAUGAUACUCUCUUCUUUCUCAGGGAGGAGGGGACUGUCCAGAGAUGAGCAUCGGUGCCAUUAAGAUCGCUCUGGAGAUCUCCUUGCCCGGCUCCUUUAUUUACGUCUUCACGGACGCCCGUUCCAAGGAUUACAAGCUGACCCAUGAAGUUCUGCAGCUCAUUCAGCAGAAACAGUCCCAGGUUUGGAUUUUACUGCCACAUACAGCAUACUGUGUGCAAGAAUAGGACGAAGUGUGAAUGUUUUUAUAAACCUUUGUGGGGUUGUGUAGGUGGUGUUUGUUCUGACAGGUGACUGCGAUGAUCGGGCCCACAUCGGAUACAAAGCUUAUGAGGAGAUCGCUUCCACCAGCUCUGGGCAGGUCUUCCAUUUAGACAAGAAGCAGGUCAAUGAGGUAAGUGAAUCUCUCAGUGGAAAUUUGCUGCUAAACUUCUGCUCUCUUUUCUUUCUUCUCUUUUUUGGAAGAAGUUUUCAGGUUUCAGGGUUUGAAGAAAGACUUAAAAGGCAUGCUUUGGUCAUACAGUAUUUCAAUCUUUCCAGCUUGGCCGGGCUCUUUCUCUAUGCUGUGUAAAUUAAAUAACAGUAGAAGGUUUUACAGUCUCUCUUGUGUUUUGCUGUGCCUAUGUCGAAGUCUGGACUCCAGAUCAAAUGUGCAGGAAACAUUUAAUUGAUUGAUGUAUACCUGAGCUCUUUUUAACCUUUCCAAGUCAUGUAAAUCAGUGGUAUUGGAGUGCAUGCUGUUUUCUUUACGUAAGAUAAUAGUUUUCUCCAAGAGAGGAAGGAGUUCAAGAUUUUAAGACUACAUCAUCACUUUCUCCUUCACUCCUAAUACUUAGAAAGAAAAAAGUUUGAAAUACUCUUCGAUUGAAUUUCUUAACCUGAUUUACUUGUUUUGGGUUUUUUUUUUUCAAAGAAUAUGAUCGAAAUAUGAGUACAAAAAUGUGUAGAUGGAUGAACUCAAAGGUGGAUUUGUGGCAUUACAAUUGUCUGUGAGGUGAAAUCUUACUUGGUCUGGGUGUCCAACAGUAGCUACUAAGUUCUCCAUGGGAACAGGGGGAGACAUGAAAGGGGGAGACACGGGGGAAUGUAAGAAACUUCCUGAUUAAAGCUUUGCACAUGUUGAGGGGAUGACCUUGUGAGCAGCUGAGGGGGUAAAAGUGUGCGUGUGUAUGUGUCUUUGUGAGUGCAUUGUUGGGUGGUUAUUAAAGGUUAAAAGGGAGGAGAGGACCUCUUUUAAGAUAAGUGCUGUCUUAUUCUUAUUCUUCUUUAAACAUAAAAGCUGUAAAUCUCUGGUUUACUUACUGCUACAGAAAAAUAAUUGUAAAUCCUACAAUGUUUAAAUCUCCUAUUUGUCACCUUAGGUUCUGAAAUGGGUGGAAGAGGCGGUGCAGUCGUCCAAGGUCCACCUGCUGUCCACAGAUCACUUCGCUGGGGUCAGCAACACCUGGCAGAUGCCCUUUGAUCCCAGCCUGAAGGAAGUCACUGUGGCACUCAGCGGCCCGGCGCCCAACAUCGAGAUAAAAAACCCUCAGGGUAUGAUCGAUGUUGGCGUACACUCUGGGCUGUCAGCGAGAUUCCAGAAAUUCUUUAAUUUGUUAACGUGAUAAGCUGUUCACAAGAGUAACAGAAAAACACCGGACAGCAAAUAGAAAUGAGUCCUAACACGUUAUAACACGUCUCUUCGGUCAAAUCAGUUCCUUUUUUUCUCAGUUUUCAUCUAGCUAUGGUCAUUUCAUUCAUAGAGACGGCGAAAUGAAAGCCAUCCUCAGACUCAGGGUUAUACUGUUCUUUUGUUGUUGUUUUUUACAGUUAGCAGCAUUUUGCACAAAUACCAGCACAGUAACGAGGUUAACUUAAGAGGUGCUGUCCUACAAACACAAGCUUUUCUAACAUACCACGGUACUCCAUCUUAUUAUUUUGACAACUAGCGCCAAUAUUGUACAUGUAACCUGCAGCCAUGCAUCAACAAGUGUUAAAGCCUCAUUUGUAUCAGUCGAAGCUGUGGAAAACAUGAGUAGUUGUCUCACUGUUCAUGUUUGGCCUCCAGGGAAGCUGGUGGGGAAGAGUGAUGGCCUGACUGAGCUCCUGCACAUUCCCAACUCUGCCAAAGUUGUCAACAUCAAGGACCCGCAGCCCGGGAUGUGGUCUAUCAAGGUAAACAAUUCAUACUUAAACUGGGAAUGUGUGUAAAAUUACAGGCUGCCCCAACAAUUCCCAGAGCGGAGCUGUCUGUUCGAGACUUACUGCGGACGGUUAAGUGGUACAGCUUUGGAAUGAGGUCACAGCUGACACCCUAAAGAGGACGCUUUGGCCCUUGAGGACGGUCUUUAAGUUGAUAUAUUAUUGAAGUCAUAUAUCAGGGUUUUGAGUCACAGUGUUGUCUAAUCAAUUUAACACACAUGAUGUCUGGUGAAAUCAUCUCAAAGCGGACUGAUCACACAGGCGCAGUCUUAGCUGACAUGGUUUUUAGGACAGUCGUGAUGGAUGAGGAUUAAGUAGUUCAGGGCCACUGCUGUCAACACUGAAAUGUAGCUUUUUGUUUUGGGGGCACCUUCGCUGUUGUGUUCCCACUGCAGACUGGAAACUGUCUGCACCCUGCUGUCCAGGUGAGAAAAGAAGGUCACACAUUUGACUGCCUGCACUGUCAAUGCCAGAUGCUGGGAAAUGACAAGCAUUUUUACCUGAGUGAUUUGUUGAAGGGCCUCGAUGGCCCCUGUAUUCUGCGAAGGCUCCUGCUGGGACACUUUCCCUCAUCUCUGCAUAGCUGUGUUAUAUAUUAGAGCCAGUUUGAUUUACAGGGAAAGAAAUUAGAUGGAAACUGUGUCAUCUGUGUGUUCCCUUCACAGAAAAAUUGCACUUGAGCAGAUGGGGAUGCAUGUAGUCUUGAGUGUUUUGCAUAUUUGUUUCAAGUGCUGAAAGAUAGGAUUGUCUGUUUUAACAGUCUCUCUUCAGUUUGCAUAUUUUUAAAGCACAAGGCAUCCUUUUCCAUCAUUUCCAAAUCCAAAAUAUGAAUGAAUGAGCUUCUUAUUGUAAUUUAAUUAUUGUAACUUUUUUCUGUGCCUCUCAGCUAGGACAGGGAACAGGUCAUAUAAAGGAUGGAAUAAACUGAGAUUGUGGUAAUAAGAAUAAUAUUACAAGAGUAAAAUCAUCAUUUUACAAAAACAUUAAGUUGUAGGAGAAGAAGUUGUACAUUCACAAGGAGAAGUCAUAAAUUAAUUUUCAUGAUUUAGGCCAGGAAUUGAUGAUGAAAAAGUUCUACAUUUACGAGAAAGAAACCAUUAUCUUGCAAGAAUGAGGUUGUGAUUUUAUUUUGAAAAUCAUUAUUGUAUACUUUGGUUUAUUUGUAUGAAAAAAAUAACAGAUAGGGAGAAUUAUUUGAUCAGUAAACAGCCACCUUAACUAAAAAAGGCGUGUAGAUCGUCUUGUGAAGUUGAACUCAACAGAUGAGAGCAAACAGCGGUUGCAGAAUUCUGCUUAGGCUUAGUCCUGAUUCCUUUUGACAAUUUGGUGCUGAUUGGAUAUAAGACUCUCUAUGCAAUGCAUGAUUUUAAUAUCAAAGGAUGCUCUAUGUAACUCAGUUUUACACAGCUGCUCUUCUGGUUGUCCCAUUUAAAAUAAAGACUAACCAUAGCAUAAUAAAGUACGACUUUACUUUCAUAAUCUCUAUUUCUAUUGCCUCUUUUAUGUGUUUCUUACACUCCAUCGCACCAAACUCGGAUCAGAGGAGAAAAGAUUGUUUCUGGAAAAGAUGGGACUGAAAUUGGUUACUGUAUAAAGUGAAACAUGGCCUUUCCAGCUGUGUCUGCACUUAACCUCUGGGUUAAUCUCAUGCUGUGGUCUGUGACUAAACUCUGGUGUCAGAAUCCUUCUUCCUCUUUUCACAGAAAAACUGCUAUUUGUUCCACAUUCCUGGCUUGCUUUGUCUUUGGGUUUGACAGUACCUAGAAAUCACUCAUCGUUAUGUUGCAUUACCCUUGGCAGACCUUUUUAACUUAUAAGUGAUAAAUUCGGGUUACUUGACAGAGGAAAUUCAGGGAUCUUCUGUUUAUUAUCAAAUUGGAUCUACUCCUGUGCUUAUAGAUUAUUAAUGUUGUGUCUUUCAUGCUUAUAAAAGUGUUGAAGAAUAUCAAGCAGAUGUUAAAAAUAAGAAAUUACAUCCUUUUGCCAUAUUUCUACCUCUAGUUUGCCUUGUUUCCACCUCCCUGAUGAUCUAUCAUCAUGAGUCUCUCCUUCACUUCAUUCUUCUUCUUGUCUGCUUCCCUCGUGCAUCUUCUUCUUAAGAUAUUUACUCCCCUAAUUCUUCCUCAGAAGAACACUUUCACAGUCUCUCUCUUCAGCCCAAGUACAUCUUGUUUUGCCAAUUUUUUCCUCUUGGACAUUGGCUUUUCCAGGUCCAGUCUCCCCCUCAGCACUUUAUCAGACUUGCAAAACUAAAAAUAUCCCCCUCUCAUGUGCAGCCGUGUUUCCCAGGGCAAUUGACAGAAAUGUGGAGAAAUAGUUUAGGGGGUUUACACUGUUCUGCCAUGCUGGUUUUCAGAAAGGCUAAUGGCCCGUGAAACCCCAGUGUAAGGCCCUGGCCAUAGAUUGUGUUUGAAGAGGAAUUUGAUCCUUUUUAAUCUGCCUUUAAUUGGAUGUUGUGUGUAAAAGGUGGGCGUACUUCACUCAUACUCCCUGCUCCUAUACAGUUUUGCCCCAAAUUUCCUCUGUCGAUAGAUGACAUUGUUCUAAACUCAUCAAAACUAUACAAAGUGCUAAUUUUUGCUAGUACAGUAUACUGCUCUUGGUUUGAUUGAAUCUUCAUGUCUGUUUUUGUUCCAAUACUAUCUUUUCACAUCAUGCAUGUAUUGCUGUGAUCUUACUGAUAAACAAACAAGGGUUUACAUUAGGGCCUCAAAUCAAACGAUAUAUUGAGCAGUUCACCUCGAUAACGAUAAAUGGAUCAUAACUACUCCACACGCUGCUCAGCCCCUCCCACAUCAACUUCGUCUACUUCAGCCGCUACAGCAGCUACAACCUUUUGAACUGUCCUCCAUCUCCUCACCUGUCUUUCCCUCUUUGUUACACACUGGAUGGGGUGGAGUCACGUUUCCGAUGAAGGACAGUGUCUUAAAGGGACAUAAGACCAUAGCCUACCUACACACAUCCAAUUAUUUUUGACGCCGCAUAUAUUGACAUGGGCAAAAUUACGUUGGUUAUUGUCGUAAAUUUUUGGUUUAUCACCCAGCCCUAGGUUACAUUAUUGUUCUUAACCCAUGAUCAGAGUGUGGAUGAGUUUUCAUUUUAAAGGCAUACGAACAGCUCAAGUGUUAUCAAUCUUAACAGAAUUUUAGUUUUUAGGGCACGUUUUCAUCCGAUCAUGAUUUUGAACAGUCACAGGAGCUGAUUCUGGUAACAGUAUAUCUGAGACCUGGGCUGGUCAAUCUGUGUGGUUGGGUGUGAAACUAGGAAAUAAGAGGCUUUAACUUGUAAUUGUCUCACCUUUGGUAACAGCCUGACCUUUAGGGGACCUCUCCCCUUAUUAUGGCCUCAUUCACAACUAACUAAAGACCAAGGAUAGUUCUGUGAAGGCUAUGAGGGCAGGUCUGAUGACCACAGCAGGUAUUGUUUUUUUAUUGAUUGCAAACAAAGGCACUCCUGCAGCUACCUCAUUGCUGUAUCUCUGUUGUCUGUGUUCUGUCUCCUGUUUGGUUCAGUCGGCUGUUCCCAGAGAAUUGAAGUUUAUAUCAGGUAGGGCUCGGUAAUUGUAAAAUGCAGCAAACCUGCACGUUCUCUGUCAUUUCAGGCAAUUGCAAAUGACAGUUUAGGUUUGCAUGCCUCGCUUUGCCUUGUGAGUCAAUGUCUGUGACACCUCUGAAGUGUCUAACCUAAGGUGAGGAGUUUCCACCUCUCACCAACCUAUAUUUCAUUGUAAUUACUCUGUCUGUGCGCCGUCAAAGCUUCACAAGACCUCCACAUGAUGAAGACAAGAUGAGGCAUUAGCUACUGUUGGAUUAUAGUGGUUGUGUUCGUUUAAUUGAGGUAUGGAUGUCAGACUGAAUGGGUCAUCUCUGGAUUGUGGAGAGUAAGAUAUUCAGCCUUGACUAAUUUCAAGUGGCUUGUCUCUACAUGUGGGGCUGGCUGGCACACAAAAGGAUGUUACACAACAGUACCAGUGGUGUGUGUCUGUCAUUUACACUACUUAGGGGCUUCCUUUGAUGCUUCAGCUCGUCUGUGUUCUUGAGUUUUAUAAAACUUAACACAGCAGACUGUCAGCUUUGGGUUUCAUAAAAAGAAAUGAAGGCAAAUGCUUUUAUUUAACAUAUGAGUAUACUGCUUAAGAAAUCAAGCUGUAGCUCUGAAAGUGUGUGUUUUAUUUGGAUGGACAUUGACACAAAACUGUACCAUGAGGAUUUAAGUAGAAAGACACAUGUCCUGACUAUUACUUUUAGACUAACACAUCCGUAAAUCUAUGUGUCCCCUUUCUGUCAUACAGACCUCGAGUGAAGGGAGACACUCAGUUCGAAUCUCAGGCCUCAGCACCAUUGACUUUCGAGCGGGGUUUUCCAGAAAGCCCACCCUAGACUUCAAAAAGACCUCCAGCAGGCCAGUUCAAGGUGAGUGAGGUCAACCUAACCGAAUAGUAAAACCACCACAGCUGUCGUCUGCUUUUCCUUUCACCUGUUGCAUUCACUAGCAUGUUUUAGCUUCGGGAAAGCCAAGUAUAAACUGUAUGCUUCAACCCUUUCCAGGUAUUCCCACUCACAUCCUGCUGAACACCACCGGGCUUUCCCCUCCUGCUCGGGCUGACAGGUUAGAGUUGCUGUCAAUCACGGGAGAAGUGAUUAAAACGCUGCCAAUCCGCUUCUACGCUGACCGCCAGCCGUACGGCCUGUGGAACAUCACAGAGUUCAUCCCACCCAACGAGGCCUUCUUCCUGAGAGUGACAGGAUAUGACCUGGACGGGUUUGUGUUCCAGAGAGUCUCCAGUGUCUCCUUCUCCAGUAUCAAACCUGGUCAGUGAAGCAGGUUUUCAUCCAUGUUUCCACAAAGAUCCGACAGACUGCACGGAGGUUUGAUUGAUCGGCAGCUUGAUUGUUUUGCUUUGAUUGCUGUUUUCUUUCUCUCCCUUUUAGACGCCCCAAAGGUGCAGAUGCCAGCGACAACUCACGGCUACUACCUCCAGAGAGGGACUGUCAGCUGCCAGAUAGAGAGCCUGAUCCCUUUCACUCUGCGCUUCAGCAGAGAUGGCAGGCGCCUUGGGGUUGACCAGCUCUUCAGGUAUGCAGACCUUUGCAUUGCAACCAAAUUCUCAAAUUUCAUGAAAGGGUUUAAAAUCCACUCAGCAUUUUGCACCCUUUUUUAAUCAACAUAUGUUUACAGCACCAAUCACUUCACUUACUGCUUAAUAUUCCAGUUUCUACACACUGAAUAUUUGAGAGUAUCCUUUAUUCACACUAAAAAAAUGUUAUAGCCACUAUACCAAAGUAACCAGCGCUCCACAUCAAAACAAGAAUGACAUUAUAUAAUGCGAGCUGAGGUCAUGUUAAUCAAGGGUCUCUCCCAGAUAGGCUAGACUUGCAGCACGGACUCGUUUAUUACUGAAUUUAACCAUCAGUAUCUGCUUGACUUACCGCUGUCCGACUGUGAUUUUACUUCUUCCUGUAUUUUCUUUUGUCUUUUCUUAUUUCCACAUGUGUAAUUCCUCUUCAUUUUUCAGUGAUCAUUAUCAUUAUUAUUAUUGAAAAACUGAUAAACAUGACGCAUGUUGUAGUAAAUUGCAAGUGCUUGCUGUCAGAUUCGGUCCCCUAAAGGAGGUGACCCACUGUCAUUGUGGAUUUGCACAUUUUAAGCCACUGCUGUGGUUCCAAGUGUCAUCUGUCUGGGGUCCACGACUCACUUGGGGCCCGAGCAGUUGCCUGUCUUGACUGUUGACAAGCUUCACCUCUUGCCAUCAAUAAACUUAAGUGGUCGUCCUGCUUCGCUUAAGGUUUUAGGGCAAAACCCAAGACUGGUAUAUUUCAUAAUUUCACUCACAAAUUUGACUAGAUUCAAAAAAAGGUAAAUGUUUCACCGUCUUCAUUUCCAGUGAGUCAGACAAUGCGACAUGGGAAAUACCCCAGGUGACUCUUAAAGAUGAAGGCUACUAUGAGUGUGUCGCCAUCAGCAGUGCUGGGACAGGAAGAGCUCGCACCUUUUUGGACGUAUCAGGUAAGCGCACUUACAUUGAGUAUUUGACUUCAUCAUGGGGUGAUAUAACUCUGUUUUAAUCCAUUUAAACCAUAUUGACCAGUUGGGAAAAUGACUGAAAAAUAGUUAGUAGUUUUCAGUAACAAUGCUCAAGUGACUUGCACAAGUAACUUAUUACAGCACUCUUCUUCACUGCUUCUCUUCUCAUGGGUGUUUCGCUUAUUAGCUUUAUGAAAGCCGCAGACUUAACACGUAAUAUGUGAAGAAUAUCUUCAACAACAUACUUUGCAAUCAGUCCUUCCUGGAUAACAGAUUGUGGAGCUAGUGAUGAUUUAAAAUCAAGGCUGUUUGGAUGGAGUAGCUCCUCUUAGGUCUGCACAGCUAAUGUGCACCGCAUCUGGUGUUUGCAGCGCCAGGCUCUCUGGCAGCUAGCUUAAUAGAAGCGUGUUGUUUGGUGUUUUGUGAGGACAAAGUCCUCCCUCAUGCACAUGGACUUUACUCUUUGUGGUUACUUGAAAGAGAGCAAAAUACAGCUGACCAGCUACUGUGUAUUUACUGCGAAAAAUAUCCUCUUUUCUGUGUUGCUGUUGAGUCAAAUGAUUUAUUCCCCCUAAUCUUAUUUUACUUCUUUAACAAGCCCUUUGAAAUCUUAAUAUUUUUAGUGAUGGUAUUGUGCUUAAAUAAGUUACAGAGUUCUCAAGUGGAGAAAACAGUAACACAUAUAACGCUGAUUUUGACACGCAAACCUCCUGUCAUUAUACACCACCAAUGGCAUUAACAGUGUUUCAGCAUGUCAGCCAAACUUGCUAUUGAGUUGUGCUGCAGUUUCUGUUAAUUUACAGAAUAAUUACCUCCAUCUGUUUGUGCAAUGAGCCAGAAGACGGAAAGUGGACAAAGUUUAAGUCAUGCUUGAUCGGUUUACACACAUGCUUACAAACUCAAACUACUCAUGAGCAUGCAGUUGGAAUUUAUAUGCAAGUCAUAGUGGGUUGUAUUUUAUAGGAUCCGAGAUCUCUUGCUGGGGAUCCCAUGCAGAGAACCUGCAUGAUGACAGAUCACAUGUAGCUUUAUGGAAAAUAUGACCCCAGCAUGAGGUUGUAAUCCAUGCCUCACAGCCAUCAUGUCAUCAGGGUUUUAGGGAACAUGGUUUGUAAAGCAACAGACUGUGAAUAUGAUGUAAGAUGAGAAGACAUGGAGGGCUGAAAGAAAACACAGAGCUGUGAAAGUUCAGGUGUGUACACUGAAACUGAGGUACACAUGUCCAAUACAAACUACAAGAAAAAAAGGAGGAGUUGAAGCUCAAAGAAAAAGAGUUUAGGUGGUUUUGGAGACAUUUUGUAAAAUGGGAAGGAGAAAAAUGGGGAGGCAGGGAUCUGCUUACUGUAAGACUGUGAGUCAGUGCUUUACUGUACGUUUCCAGAUUCAGGAGAGACUCUGUCCUACUUUCACCUCAUCUGACUUUUGUAAAAUUAGGUGAAAAUAUUUUACCUCUGCCAAGAAUCCCAUCUUUGUUACUUGGCUAGUGGUACUGCUAGCAUUACGUAAACAUAGAAACACACACAUAUGCGUUCAAUAGGCACUUGUCUGCCAAAUACUAUAUGUCAUCCUAAUCCUAAGGAUCUGUGCUCAAAUCUCCAGUAUCCCUCUUAUGGUAGAGCCAAAGACUGCUUCCUCUCCUCGCUCAGCUUCUCUCUCUCCAUUUCUGCCUCUUUGUUUCGCCUCCAUUUCCCCUGCUUAGCUCUGAAAGCGCAGUUUGAUGACAGACUGAGGCAUAAAGGACUGUUAUUGACAUGGUAGUGAAAGAAAAGACAGAUGGUGGAGAGGACUGAGUGAAGUAUGGGCGAGUAGAGGACAAAUAAAAGUAUCAUUCAAACAGAGUUUGAUUUAACAUGCACAGAGCCAAAAGUGCAAAAGAGCAGCUUAUGUUCCAAGAUCAAAUAGUUUGAACUUUUGAGGACUUUAAAGUGUAAAAAGCAUCAAAAGAAAGGUAUGAAAACUGUAAAAUUACUGAAAUAAUCCCAGAUUAUCUAUAAGGAUGGGAAUUGGUAAGAUUUUAUUGAUACCAAUGCCAUUAUUGUUUCUGCAUAUCCAAGUCUUAUAAAUCCUGUGUAGGUUUAGUGUGUAAAGAAAAAGGCUUAUACAGGUUUCUGUACCUACAGCCUAAAUUUUAGUAAAAGUUUUAUAACCUUCACAACUUUGCUGAGAGGAGGCAGCCUGGCCUCCAAUUGGACCGUGACAGGUUUUAAAAGUCGUCUGAUUGUAGAUACAGCCUUUUGAUAGGUUGAUGGACCCAAACUGACAUAGUACUCUGUGUUUAGCAUAGUCAGCUGUGAAAUAGAAAAGCCUCUAAAUGUAGAAAUACUCAAAGUUUAUUGCUGAAAUGCUACUGGUCCCACUAAGAAAGUGGAUUUUACAGUAAAUCAAUGUUCCUCCUGACAGCCUCCCAGAAUGUGUUGGUCUAUUGUUCUGCAAGGCACGAUCUUAGUGAAAAGCACUGAUGAGCGAAGCAUGAGGGCAAGCUAUGUUGAAAUAAUUUUGUAACUUUUUACCUUUUUUUGGACUUUUUAUAUAAAUUGAAUAGAUCAAGGUUAAAAAACAAUCAUCAUAUAUCUCCAUAAAUGUGAGCUGCUGGUCAGUCUCUACAUCAUCUGCAGCAAGAAAGAGGCCAACACUCGCCAAAGCCGGCACACCCAAAUUCUUCCUGUUAAGCUUACGUUAUAGCAGCUGUCUUUUACAUUUUCUCCUCCUCCCGCAGAGCCACCUCCAGCCAUCACGGUGGAGGGAAACGUAACCGUGUCUCCUGGCUCCCACGCUGUCCUCACCUGCCACGUUGCCAGCACCGUCAACUUCAACCUCACCUGGCUAAGAGGGGGUCAUGAUGCCCGUCUGGACCCGCGGGUGAAUGUCUUGACCAACCUGUCGCUGCAGGUGUUCUCUGUAAGCCCAGAUCACGCUGGCUGGUAUGAGUGCAUCGCUAUUAACGAAGGAGGGGUGACGGCGGAGCGGAUCUACCUCACAGUGCAAGGUGAGGAGUGUUUUUAUUUUGUCAUUGCACAUGUUUAAACAUUUAUCCGUGCACAUCAGUUCAAAAUCAGCAGCAACAAGGUUUUAAUUUGAUUCUAUUUAGUCAAUGGUGUGUGUUUAUGAGACUUCACAGAACAGAGCACAAGCCUCUUGGCCCACACAGCUUCUUUAACAAAUACAUGAUCUUCUUCCAAGUGCCCCCGCCCUCUCCUCUCCCCUCCCCAGCUCCCUGUAAUUCACUCUAAUGCUUUCUAUGAUGUGUGAAAAUUAUUUAUGCCUGACUCCCAGGCUGCAGUACACUGAGUUUUCCAUCCACAGACAGCUCUCAUAGUCUUGUUCCUAACACUUCUGUGACACUGAAUCAGGAACACUUUGUUGUACAGAUGGAGGAGAGUAUCUAGUUAUUUGGCCAAAACCACAGAGCGUCGACCUGCGCCAGGCCAGGAAAUGGCGAUGUAUUACAGCUGUUAAAACCUGUCUUAAAGGGAGCUGACAUGAAGCAAGUGAGGAUUUCUUGAAUAAUUUAGUCCGUCCAAAUGAGUAUCCAAUAUUUACUUCGUUAUACAACCAAACGAACUGUCCUUGAAGUUAAUUCAAAGGCCACAUGCUGCAUACUUGCGCCUAGAUUCCUCUCUCUGUGAGUUCUGCCAGAUAUUUUGAUAUUUUAAAGUAAGAAAGAAAAACAAAUUGCUCCACUUCACCUUAAGCUGGCUGUUUUUCUUGACCUAAACUUGGAAAACUUUAAAGGUUCUUUGAUUUGAACUUGGAGCUGUCUCAGCAAUGUAAACCCCAGUGACACAGAUUGAAAAGAUGCAGGUUCAACACCGGUGCUGCAGACAGGUUUGGAGGUGAACUCUGUCAUUUGGCUUGUCUGACUGAGUGAUUAGUUGCACAGUUGUCUCUAAACCUUUCCCUCCUUGAACUAGAUAGUUUUCUCUUUUUAACUGUGUGUCUUUUUUCAUGUCAUCUUGUCACAUCUUUCUUUUUUUUUUAAUCUUCUCCUCUUUAACGAAAGUCUUACUCUUUGUGUUUCUUUGCACCUAAAUCUCUCUGAGAAACAGCUGUUAGUGAGCCCUGAAGGCUUCCUAAAUACCCCCCAGUCAGCCCUCAUCCUAGUUAUUUGCCCCACUUUAAAGUGAGUCAAGGCAACAAAAUUUGGAAAAGCAACUUAACUGACCAUUUUGGAUGUAAACUCUACUUUUACUCAUCAGUAAACUACACAGCAUGUGCAUUAUAUGUUGGACUGCUUUGUUAUCAGAGGAGAGGGAAUUGAAUAAGGUGUCAGCAAAGCAGAAUUUACGGUUCAGCUGGGCUAAGAGAAAGCAAACUAGUAUUUUCUGCAACUUAAAAAUCAAAAUGGAUAUAAGAUUGAGAAAAUGUGUUUUUAAAAGCAGAAAGAGAAAAAAAGAGGUAUGACUGCACUUGCAUUAUUGUUGUUUUCCAACAAAUACAUGCAAAAGAAGUAGAACCCAAAAAGCUUCAUUCAAAGUGCAGUAUUUUCACAGCAUUACCAAAACUAAAAAGCAUAAUAUGAAUGUAAUCUGAUGGGAAAUUUAGGUUGAGAGGAUUAGGGGGAAGAAGUUGUUAUAAUUGUAGAGUACAUCGUGUGUGGGGGGCAAUGCAGUCAGGUGAGGAAUGAAGGCGAUGAAGGAGGUGAUGAAGAUGGGCCUGUUUCUGACACACUCAGGCUGCUGCUGAGUCAGGAUAGAAGAAUGCGUCCUCCCCUCUUUUUAACUCUUUGCUGCUUAUACCAGGGGAGUCCCUGCCCGGCUCAGGAAAGUGUGAUCUCGUCAGUAAGACGUUGCAUGUGAAGAGAGAACAGCAGGAGGCUCUACGUGAUGUUAUCAGGGUCUUACAAUCAGGACAAUGUGGCCUCGGGUGCUGCUGAAGUCCAGCUCAAGAAAGCAAGAGGUGUAAAAGUCAAGGCUGUAUCAAAACUAUUGCCUGUAAUUUCCACAAGCUGAAUCUUCAGAUGUAAAUUAAGUGUACAUCUUGACAGAUUUACAAAUGGUUUUGUUUAUUACAGACCUCAAUAACGUGGCUAUGAGUCGGGAUGCUUGGACAUAUUAAAAUGGCAGCAUGAGGCAGAAAUUUGUAUUGAAAAUAAAUAUGUAUAUAUGUUAUUGUUACUUGUUAUUAUAGUUAUCCCUAUAAUAGAAAUAUUACUAAUAAAGCAUACAUGGAAUGAUUAUAUAAAUGAUUCAACUGCCUUGUGUGUGUAGGCCUAUAGCUAUUGCUCUUCCUAUCUGCUUAAUGUUUACUUAUGAAAAUCUAUGUUUAGAGUUAUUCUUGCAGGAACAUAACUAAAACUUUGAGGUUUGUUACAAACCCAACCGUUCGAAAUUCGGUGUAAAAUUAACCAAUCUAUGGUUAUUUUAGUGGCACAUGCACCGUAGACUGUAAUGUCAUGAGUGGGCUAGCGUCCCGUAGCAAAAUGGCCGCCAUGCGCGGACGUCUGUCUCCAUUGGCUAACAGCGUGCGUAAGCCAUCUAGCGUUUAUAUAUCUAUGGAUCACACGUCUCACCUUCAGAGAAUUGCGUGCUUACGUCACUGCCUUGACGAUAGCGUCACGUUGCGCCGCUAAUCUAAAGGUGGCAGCUAUUCAGUGGACCAGCUAACGUAGCUAUUGUCACGUAAAACACACAUCAUUGCGAACAAGAUAAUUUCAAAUUUCAAACCAUUUACUAUAGUUAUGGGUGUGUUACUCAGCGGUUUGACAGGCUGCUGUCGCGAUAGUACACACGCGAAGUAUCACGGGAGCAAGAAGACCGCGAAAGAGCAAGCACCUGAGGCCUCCUCCACGGCCCGAGAAAAAUGAAGACACAUUUGUCAGCAGCAUUUGAAGGAGUCCUCGAAAUGAGACGCACUCAGUCUUUAAGUGCGACCUUCAAAAGCUUCGGCCCCUGAAUUUGGACACAGGCUAAGUCGACAUCUGGUAAAUUCGCCGUAUUUCCAUCAAAAUGUGACAGUUCUGAUGAUUGAAGUCAAAGCAUCAGGACAACGUCUCCACAUUCCUUCACACCUACUGUACUUCUGUGUGAACCUUUCAACUUGUGACUACAGGAAUAUGUAUGGCUACUCUCACCAGACCAAAAACACAUUUUAGGUUGCUGGAAAGAAAACCAUUUUUGUCUGUAAGCUAAAAGAACUAUAUGAUAAACAUAAAAGUAGAAAAUGAAACAAAACUUACAUUCUCAGAGUUCAGAAUGAAAUGUCCAUCAACAGAAAAUCCAGCAUAAAGAAAUCUCUGGAGAGCCACAAAAACACCAUACAAGGAAUCACUAGAAAUCACUGGAACAGAUGCAGGACACACCAAGGAAGAGACUAUGAGCUUACAGAGGUGGGAAACAGAGAAACUAAAUCCACACUGAGUAAACAAACACUGGUAUGACACAAGACACAGGUGAAACUAAUGAGGAUGAUCAAACAGGAGGGAAACACACGAGGGCAGGAAGUUAAACGAAACCAGACACAGAGGGUGAAACGUACAAAAUAAAACAAGAUGAGUUGACUAAGAAAAAUUCCUGGAUUACACACACAACAAAUAAAAAACACAAAUAGGAAUAAAAAAAAACAACACAAGAGAAAAUAAAAUACAGAGUCAGGAAACAGGCGAAAAUGGGGGCUGGACACUGGUGUGCUCAUGACUUAAAAUAAACUUCUCUAAAUGAGUAUCGCUUCAACAUCUUGGGUGGAUAGAAAUUUGAAUUUUGCUGCUUUUAAAGUUUUCUGUCUCUUCAUUCAACUAUGAGACAGUUUUCUCUCAUACUGUGUUUUCUCAUACAUUUUGGACAAGUCUAAAACUCUGGAGAUGAUUCAAGCGGUGGGAACAGAACAGAGAAAACACGCCCUUGAAGAGUUCAGUUACACAUCAUGAAUCAAUUGGAAAAUCUUUUGAGAUCCCACAGCCUCUCUGGGUCUGGAUUCAAUAUUGUCUUCUGUUUCACUAAUAAAAAGGAAAUGAUGGUGAGUGAUAUACUGUGAAACAUUAUUAGAUUUAGUGAGAGACAUCACUCCACCUGCUACAGAGACAAUAAAGGUUUAUGGUCUGCUGCAACUUGAGGCUACACCAGCAUUCGGACAGGGUUGUGUUUGAGGUUCCUUGCCUUCAAAAACUUUGAACUGAUUUAAACUUUGACAAAACUUUAAACUUGUUUCUGUUGAAGUUAAAAGACUCUGGAUUAUUUUAACUUGGUUAACAUGACACUCCAAGUAAAUAACUGAGAAUGGAUUGAUUUUCUUCACCACUUUUUUUGUCUUUAGAGGUGCCCAGAGUUUCAGUCGAGCCCCGAAAUCAAACCUUCACAACAGGAGAUGAAGUGAGGAUCAGAUGUUCGGCCAGAGGCUACCCUCCACCUCGUUUAGUUUGGACCCACAAUGACAUGUUCAUCAUGGCAUCCAGCAGGUGAAUUCAUCUCUUCCUGCAUCCAUGGAUUUUCAGGCUUUAAUGUUGCUCUGUUUUGUAAAAACAUAAAAUGUAAAAGUAGUUUUCAAAGUGGAUAACAUUGAAUGCUAUGUUGAUGACUUGACUUGUAAUGUCCAGUCAUGAUCACUUGUUAAAAACUGGUUUCUGUAUUUUGUGUGUUUAGACACAGGAUGACUCCUGAUGGCACACUGGUGAUCAGAAACAUGGAGAAGAAAGAUGGAGGAGUGUAUGGAUGCCUCGCCAGUAACCAGGGUGGGACAGACACCAUGACUUCCAUUCUUACCUACAUCGGUGAGUCCGAAACAUAUGCAGUGUUCAACUAGUUGAAAAAAAUAGUUGGCAAUUUUGAAGUGACUUUUUGGGGAACAAAGCGAUAUGAAUCCACUCUAGUUGAGAGGCUGCCAUAGUAACAACUUGAGAAACCUAGGAAGCCCCGCCCCAAAGUAUACCUCACUUUACUGUCAUUGUACCCUAAACAGAGGGGUUAUUCAAAAAAAUUGUGUAAUGUCAUGUUCAAAAACUCCAUCAGAAAAAGCAACUGAAACCAAAUCUUAAAGGAGAAUGUAGAAGUGAAUACACUAGAGAAGGGGAUCAUGUUUUCAGUCUGGUUUCUCAUAUGUGAACCCACUUUUAUAUCCAAAAUUUAUAUUCAUGACAUAGUUCAUCGUUGGCUUUAUAACCAGGAGAUUUACCCUCUUGUGAAUGGAAAGGAAAAAAUGGACAUUAAAUGUACAUUGCAGGUGCAUUAUGCAUAAACACACAGCUAGAACUGCUUUUCUAAUGUCCCUCUGCAGCUGACUAAUGUGUUUUCCAUUUUUACCUGUCUCUUCUGCCCAGAAUCCCCUGAGGUGACAGUUGCUUUGAGUGAUAUUCUCAUUAGCAUCGGUGAAACCACAGUGAUGGCCUGCUCUGCAUCUGGGAUCCCACAGCCGGAGAUCUGGUGGUACAAAGGUAACAGCUCAAAAGCAGAGGGAGUUUCAGAAAAGAUAUUUUUACAUUCUUUAAAGAAAUUGUCUAGAGCUCAGUUUGGGGUCAAAUAUUGUUGUUUUUUAUCAUUACACAUAUGGUAAUAUCUUUAAAGAUCUAAGCUGCUUCGUUCAACAGCUGCAUUUCUUGUAAUGUUUAGGUGAUGUCCGCCUGCAUUCAUCGUCCUUCUUGGAUGUGGAUACAUUCGGAGGUACGCUGACAAUCAAGGAGACUCAGGAUGUCGAUGCUGGAGAUUAUACCUGUCUAGCUGUCAAUGCUGCUGGAACCUCAUCAGGAAAGAUCUAUCUUGAUGUUGGAGGUGAGAAUGAAACUAGACUGUCUCUACAAAAACACAGAUCAAUUUAUGAAAGAGAGCCCAAACAAGAGCACGGUUGGAAUUAAGAGAGCAAUAAUCUGCACUGAUAUAAAGCAGUUUAAAUUAGCGCAUGAUGCCUGUAUAUAAUCGACAAAGAAAGGCUUUUAUAGUGCCGUUGAAGGAAACUAGUAGUGGGCUAUAAAACUGGAAGAGAUGGUAGAAGGGGUCGACUUUUAAUUUUACUAGAACUGAAACAAAGCGCUUUUCUCCAUACCCUCGUAAAUAUACUGUGUUGAUGUAUGAAAUGUUUGUUGUGAACAAAAAUAAUUAUAACUUUGGAUGUUGACCUCUUUAACCUGCCAUCCUCAACAUUAUUCUUUUAGCCCCACCCAAGUUCAUUCAGAAGCCAUCAGAUGUGGCCCUGGACAUCGGCUCUAAUAUAUCCCUGCCCUGCUCUGCUGAGGGUCACCCAGUGCCACAGGUCACCUGGAGGAGAGAGGAUGGACUUCGCAUUUUUAGCACACCACGCACACACGGCACCGUGACACAAAACAAAGGAGGUCUACAUAUCACAAGUACGUUUUUCAGGAAGACGUGUGCUUACAUAUUACACAUGUCUAUGCUGGAGGUAAUACAUAAAUAUAACUCUUUUCACUCAGACCUGUGGGUGGAUGAUGACGGAGUGUACAUCUGUGAGGCUCAGAACCAGUUUGGUAGGAUCUCAGCCGAGGCCAGAAUCACUGUGACUGGACUGGGUGAGUGAAACAAGUUUUUGGACUUUUCAUUUCAUUUCCUCUCUGAUGCUAUUAUCUUUGCAGAGUAAUUUCUAAAACUCAGGUGUCAUUACAUUUUUUGCAUCUUUGUUCUGAUAUAUAUCCUGAUUGACUGAUCUGCCUUUGAAUUCCCAAAGGAAAAUCAUAAUGGAUGCAACUUGAGGUUCCAGUUUGACUGCACAAUACACUUACACACUCGUACAUAUACACAGAAUCCCUUUUUUGCUGAACCUGCACUUUUCUGAUUAUGUCCGCUCAGCGAUCAUAUUUACUUUCCAUGUCUGUUUCAUUUUCUAAAACAACACGGUGCCUUUGGGUAUUAAAAUCUGUCAGUGCGCCUGUGUGUUUCCCUUUUCGCCUCUCCACAGAAGUGCGAGUUCAUUAGCACAUUUCACUGGGAGUGUUUCAACACAUGUCCCUUGUUAGCCACUGUUUCUGUUUCACGGUUUUCUCUACAGUGCAAACACACCGAGCUCUUAUAUGUGGGCCAAAGGUUAGAAACAGCAGACCCACCCAGAUGAAAUGCAUUACUGCCCCACUGCCCUGUUUCCCCACUGACAGUUGAUCCUCAUGAGUCGCACACACCCGGUACAGAAGAACAUGCAAAGGCGCUUCUUCUGGAGAGUAAUGGAGAUGGCAUAAGGCCUGUAUGUGUCCGCCUGUGUGAAUUUGUGCGUGUUUGUGAGGUUUUGGUCCCAGUGAGUAAGGGUGGUCGUCAAGUUCGCUUGAAGACACCCUGUUGUCCAUCACAGCCUCCACCCAUGACAUCAGCCUUGUCAUAAAAUGUGUGUGUUUCCGUCUGUGUAUUUGUAUAGAAGGAUGUAUAUGCGUGUGCAGACAAGGGUGUGUUUAUACUUAAUGCAGCUGUGGAAAAUGCAGUGCUGUUAAUGUGUCCGUGGCAACCAAACAUUCAUAUGUGCUUCAUUGAGGUAAACCAGAAGUCAUUUGUUUGUUAUUUUGGUCUGAAAAUAUUUGGGGAAAUAAAAGAAGCCACAGUUUUUUAAUGAUGGUGACUUCAAAACUUUGACCUGUUUUUUGCAUUUCACACUUCCCUGGCCGUCUGGCAAAGUUACAGCUGUUGGUUUGUUCUUUAGGUUGGCUCUUAAACACAAAUACAUUUAACCAUGCUUGUGUGUUAAUAAAACACUGCUGCCUACACAUCAUCCUUUUCAACAGAAUCAAACUUCAUCACAGGAUUUUUUCUGUUUUCUGUUGAUUUGAAAAGAAAUCUAUCAUAUAACUAUAACAUUGCACCUGCAGCUCCGCCUGUGAUUGCAUUGAGCCCCACUGUGCUCAGUGUGAUCGAAGAUCAGCAAAUGACUUUACCCUGUGUGCUGCUGGCUGGGAAUCCACUUCCUGAGAGGCAGUGGCUGCACAACUAUGGUUUGGUGAGCAUGUUUAGAGAAUACCCAAAUACUUAAAAACCUUUGUAAGCAAUCUGAGUUAAAUAACCAGGAUUCCAAUAAAUGCAAAUCUUUCAGGUGAUCUCAGACCAGUACGUGACAGUGAGGCGGGACGGCAGUUUGCACAUAGAGAGAGUUCGCCUAGAGGACGCAGGGGACUACACCUGUUUGGCUGAAAGCGCUGUUGGGGCCACCAAUCAUACCACCACUGUCUACGUCUAUGGUAAAUUUCAAACACAUGCAAACAAAACUGAUAGGAAAUAAUUAGAACACAUUAUUUAAUUUUAAGAAUGCCUCAUAGCAUAUCUUGUGGAGUUUUUGAGAACAGAAAAGAAUAUGCAUCAGCUAAAAUAUAGGGAAAUACAGUCAUUGAUGACUGUACAGCUGUUUUAGUUAGUCAUCUUGUCUUUUCAAAGGGAUUUUUGGAUGUAUUUUAAAUAUAGAGCACAAUCAGUCUUAGUAAGAUCUGGUAGCACCACGGUCAGAAGCACUGAGAGUUAUGUUUUAAGCAGAUUUUAAUGCAGGUGACAUUACAUUAUUAAGAUCUAUUAACUGUAAAGAUGGCUUCAUUUGUUGUUGUGCUGCCAGUUUGAGGUUCUUGAUUUUGUGUAUACUUUUUGCAGUGAAUAGACCUUAACCCCCAAAGUGAAUGAUCUUUCUAAUGAAAAGGACUAUUGUUAAUGUUUUAUGAGUUAUGAAAUGCCCCCCUGCGUUUUAAAUUGUCACCAGCCUAUCGCUGUUUCUCAGUAACUUCUCUUAAACAUCUCCUUCACACUGCAGAUGGCCCGUAACCUCAUGGAUAGGAUUAUGUUUGAGGUUGCAUUAAAACCAGGAGCAGUAGAAGAUGAUAGCUGAGUUUGGAGCUCAGUGAGAGAGGGAAAUGUGUUCUGCAUUUACACUAAAGGCAGAUUCUGCCAAGUCAUGUAAAAAUCAUUUGCAGGAUUUACACAAAUACAGAAGUUGUCUUAGUGCUUAAACUUAAGUUCUUUUUACACAGAGCACUAGACAUAUCAGUGAACUAUUACAUUAAAAAAGCUUUUAAUUAAAACUUAAGGAGAGCAAAUAUAAAUAGAAGACCACUCUGCAACACUGGUUGUGUAAACAGUGUGUAAUUUUGUUUUUAAGUUAAACCACAUUUUUCAUCUUCAAAAAAAUGCCCCAAACCUCCCAGGGCUGAUCUUUUCAGUAGAGUCCCGCUGUUGCUGUAAAACAACAUAAACAAAGCAGAUUGUAAAUAAGGAAGGAACGACAAUGAAGGGAAAAUAAUUGCCCUGAAUGUAGUUUGUUUAGUAAUGCUCAUGGUUUAUACCAGAUGCCUCAGAAAACAUUAAACCCCAAGGCACUUCAAACUCAGACAACAGAACCUGUGAAAGCUUGAUGACUGAAUGAACCUAUUACUAACUCACUUUGUCUUAUUCUUUCAGUGAUUCCAACCAUUCAGCAUGGCCCUCAGGUGUUCAGCACAAUCGAGGGCACACCCAUCACACUGCCCUGUCGUGCCGAUGGAGUACCUACCCCUGACAUCACCUGGGCCAAGGUGUGAAUUAGCAUUUACUUUCUGAGUACAAAGGGGAUGCAGACACACAGAUUGCUUAUGUUAUAUUUUACUGUGGCCGUGUAGUAUAUAUGAAAACUCUAUUGCAAGCAAAGUCAUGCUUCUCCAUGGCCACAUUUACUCUCUGAUGGGUUUUCCAAUUUGAAGAGGCAUUUAAGCGGUAAAGGUAUUUAUGUCGUACAGUGAAUACUUUUAUCAAUGGACUCUGGUGGAGUAAUACCAAUGCCAAAAACUACCAAUAAAAUCACCUCUAUGUGCUUUUAUCUGCCUUUACAGUGUACUAAAUCUUAUAAUGUGCCCUCCUGUUGUGUGUUAGGGUGUACUGUUGGCCUGUGUGCGUAUGUGAACAGUCCUCGUGUCUUUUUCCAUCUUUUGCUCUCAGAGUUGUAAAAAAUGAUGCUGUUAAAGUGAACAGGACUUGAGGGACGCAUGAAACUGAAGCGUGCUAAGUUUUAUACCAGCUGCUGAGAUGAGAUUCCCUCUGAUUCUACUGCUGUUCUGCACUGCAUUGAUCAAAUUAAAAUAAGUUAUUCAUGCCAGAUCAUAAGGACGGUCCAGAGAUGACACAAUCCUGAUGCUCUGACAUCACCUUUUUUGAGUUAUGGUUUGUUGGAUUUUAUAACUCUUAACGUUUUUAUUUCCAGCCUUUUAUUUAACAGCAGUGAAGAAAAGCAGAUCAUAAAUUCAAGGACACUAACUGGGUCAAACCGCACAUCUCACCUCUUUUUCUGGGUACAACAGCGGGUGUUAAUAAAGCUGAGUUAAUGAAACCAACUCUGGCCUCUGCCCUUUCCCUGCUGUGAUUUGUUUUGAAGGGUGGAGAGCUUCUGUACUUGGGUGGUCCGGCUUUCUCCAUGGAUUCUGAUGGCAGCCUCCUCAUCUCCUCCCCUUCUGGAAAUGAGACUGGAGAGUUCAUCUGCACAGCUACCAAUGCUGCCGGCUCUGCCUCCAAGAAAGUUCAACUCACUGUUUAUGGUAAACCUCCCUCCUGGUAAAAGGCUGCAGAAAAAUAACAGAGCAAUGUGUUCUGUUAAAAUGUAAUAGAUUUAUUUCAGAACUUAAUUGUUAUUGUUGUGAUCACUGAAAAGAGGCCUUGCAGUAAGAUAUGAGAAAAGAUGAUACACUACGAUACAAAAUGAUACCCUACUCUACCAUAUACCAGUCUACAAAAUACUAUACAGUACGAUAUGAUACGAUACUGUACUGUACGAUACGAUACUAUACUGUACUGUACGAUAUGAUACCAUACUGUACCAUCUGAUAUGGUAUGGUAGGUUACAAUAGGAUAAGAUACAUUACAAUAUGGUACGAUACAAUACAGUACAAUACGGUACUGUACGAUAUGACACGGUACAUUGGUUACGAUAGGCUAAGAUACAGUACGAUAAGGUACCGUAAGAUACAAUGCCGUACAAUAUGAUACAAUACAAUACAAUACGGUACGAUACAAUAUCAUAUGAUUCGAUAGGGUACCUUACCAUAUUAUACAAUAUGAUUUAAUAGGGUACCUUACCAUAUUAUACAAUAUGAUUUAAUAGGGUACCUUACCAUAUUAUACAAUAUGAUUUAAUAGGGUACCUUACCGUAUGAUAUGAUACGAUUCAAUAGGGUACCUUACCGUACGAUAUAUGAUAUGAUACGACACGAUACUAUACUUUACAAUGCAGUUGCAUACAAUAUGACACAAUAUGGUAUUUUUGGUACAAUAUGGUAUGGUAUUUCUGAUCUUUGCCUCUGCUUUUUGCCAUUGCUGCCAUACUUUGGUGCUUUGCUCAAAUUUUUAAUCCAACCACCACCACCCCAACAUUCACCUGCGGGCUCUGACUGGGAAAUUCAAGAUAUUGUCUCAUCUCUCCAUAAUUUCUGUAUAUGAAAAUAAAACAGUGAGGAGUGAUGAAGUCAGCGCUUGGUUGCCAGUCACAAACAGCUUCUGUUUCUGCUUCUGCUUUUGCUGCUGCUGCACUACACAGCCCAAAGCAGAAGGGGACAAUCUGCAAAAUAAAUCAUGACACUGUGGGGCCAAAAAUGACUUCACAAAGAUGCUUAUCACCACAGAGCAGGAGCUUGUGACCUUUUUUUAUUUUUGCUAGAUCAUCCUUUUCAUUGAGGCGAUUCAGUGCCUACAAUGACAGUUAUGAAGCACUUCAGCUAUGUUUGUGUUUUUCAAGAUUACAUGGCGUCACUGGUGUUAAUGUGUCCAGUGUUAAUACACAAAGCUUAAGGAAGAUGAUUGUAGAAUAAGCAAAUAUUCCAUCCUUUUUCAUUUAUUAGUAUUAAUUUUAGAGCCGGUAUUUAAGGUUAUCCGUUUUUAAUCACUGCUGCCAAGAUUUAUUCACGAUCGAGAAUCUCUGGCUCCUACUAUAUAAACAAGUCACCCUGAGAAAAUGAAACACAAACUGUUGUAUUUGUAAAAUUUGGAUUUUAUAAACAUGUAUUACAAUUAGUCUUUUUAAAGUAAUAAAUUAAAAUGAUAAUAAAUUUGAAAAAGCAAAGUGGCUGUGAAGAAGGGAAGAAUAACAAUAACAGCCAUUUAUUUUGAUCUUGUUUUUCUUCAUAUAAUUAACUCUUAAAUUGUAUAUUUACACAUGAUUAUUUACUUAUGGUCACAUUUUAUCUAUCUAUUAUAAAUCCCUGUUCUACUUGUGUUUACCCAUGUUUGUAUAUCUAGUUCGUCCAAGAUCAAACAGUGCUGGCUCUGGAGGCUCAGCUGACCCCAUGAAAAUGUCCGUCAUCGAGGGUCAGGACGCCGUAUUGCCCUGUGAGGUCAGCAGUGUCCCACCUCCCACUGUUACCUGGGCGAAGGAGAGGCAGCUCAUCUCCCCUUUCUCUCCCAGGUAAACACACACAAAACCAAAACACUGUGCACAGCCAGAAGCUCCCAGAUGGGGGAGUAUAUUUGGAGCAGUUUUUCAUUAUCGUUAGAGAAACAGUUUUCUGCCUUUACUCCAAGAAUAAUACAUUCCUUUGAUUAUGAAACAAACAUGUGGCCAGAUUAUAUUACCCUGGCUUUAACCUCAAAGCAGAGGUGCAUCAAUAACUAAGACAUCCUCUUUUUCUUGCCUCAUCAUAGUGCUGUCUUUGCGCUGUUCAUAGCCCUGAGGUAUAGUUUGUGGUUUUAAAGGAAUAACUAAGUAAUCACCCUUUUCCCAUGAUUUAUUUCACCCUCUGAGUGUCUACCACAGGAGCUGUAAUUAUGGCUGAUUGUGGAUUAGUAAGACUUACUAUCUGUUAAAAGAAAUGACUUAACUUUAUUAUUCACAGUUUCAUUUUUUUACUCCCUACAUGAUUGUUGUCUGUGUUCCUCUCAGGCACACUCAGCUCCCCUCAGGCUCAAUGAAAAUCUCAGAGACGAGAGUGUCAGACGGAGGACUUUAUGUGUGCGUUGCCUCCAAUAUUGCCGGCAACCUAACGCAAUAUAUUGAGCUGAGUGUUUUGGGUGAGUAAGAAGAACACAUAUUAUUUUGGUGCAGAUAAAACAAAGUAAAGACAGUGCACUGAAGGCUGUUUUCUUUAUGCGUCAUGCAGUGCCCCCCAGUAUCCAAGCUGGCCCCAGAGUUAUGAAGAUUCAAGUGGGUCACCCGGUGGAGCUACCGUGUGUGGUGAUAGGGGUCCCAGAGCCCACCCUAAGCUGGACCAGGGAUGGUAGGUCAUACCCAGUUUCACCUGACGGCAGCCUGGCAUUGAGGAAUGUGGGACUACAGGAUGAAGGAACUUACACCUGCACAGCCACCAACAUUGCAGGCAGAGACGAGGCUCGGAUCAAAGUUUUAGUCCAAGGUUGGUGUCAGUCCAUGUCUUUAUUUCACAGUGUGUUAUUAAUGUGGAUUAGUUAAUAAUCAUGUGUCUGUGCAUUCUCAGUACCCCCUGUGGUCGAGGUACUGGAGCCCCCCUUCAACAGGCCCCUCCAGGAGAGAGUUGCAAACCAGCGUAUUGCAUUCCCCUGCCCUGCCAAAGGUAAUGGAAAAUAUCCACCUAACCUCUGUUUCUAUUGAAGGAUUUCAGGAUAUAUUUACACGCUUCAUGGGUGAUCCAGUUUUCUUGACUUUUUAUGCCUGUUUUUUCAAUUAUCAGGUCUUCCCAAGCCUGUGAUCCGGUGGUUGCGUAAUGGCCAGGAGCUGACUGGUAAUGAGCCAGGGGUGUCUAUCCUGGAGGACGGCACUCUGCUGAUUCUGGCCUCUUUGUCACCGCUAGACAACGGAGAGUAUGUCUGUGCUGCAGCCAACGACGCCGGAUCCACUGAGAGGAAGUACCAGCUCAAAGUCAACGGUGAGUUAACCUGAUUUAUUAUCUUCUUACCUUUUGAUUCCAGUAAAACUACAUCUCAAGAUAAAUAUUAUAUGUCCUACCUCCUCAGUACCCCCUGAUUUCCGGGACGGUGAAACCCCAGGGAACGUAUCGUUGGUCCUGAGCCACUCUACCAGCUUGGUGUGCGAUGUCACAGGAAGUCCAACUCCUGUCAUUACCUGGUACAAGGAUGGGAGUCCGGUAAGUGAAAUCCCUCUGAAUUGGCUGUUUAGAUAUCUCCUGUCCAAUAAGACUGAUGGAUGUCAGUCGGGUUUGCAAACCAAAGAAAAUCCAGUUUAAUUCCUGAAAUGAGGUAAAGGGUCUCUUUGCCUAAUCUAAACUUCAUCUUCAGUCUACAUGGUCCUCUAAAGAGCAAAACUUCUCACACAUAAAAGCGUGAACUUAAAGGUAUUGAUGUAAAUACUCACAAAGACCUAAUUGGCUCUGAUCAUAGGCUACUCUAUUAAAGAGGACAGAACUUACACCACAGUGGAUUCUCCGUGUGUGUGUGUGCAGAUGUGCCAGGCAGGCCAGCCACAGUGGCAGCAUGCUCAAAGCUGUGGUGACAGACUAAUUAUGAUAAAUUGAUGUAAGAAUGGAGGGUUUGCACUCACAGAAACAUCCCUGCUAGCUGGCGGCUUUUUAUUCUCUUGGCACCGUGAGUGUUUUUUUUCCUGUAGAGCACAGAUGGGAAAAUGAAAGCUCUAACUUGAAUCCGCUUAACAGUGAUGACCUGUUGCUUUCUGAGUGUUUUAAGGCUGCAUGUAAACACUGCAUGUGUUACUCGCUCUCUUUAUUGGAUUUCUCAUUUUAAUAGGUAUUUGGCUCUCAGUUCCUGUUUACUUUCAAUUCUGCUCGAGUCGAGGGCGGCUAUUUUUUCAUAAAGAUAUUAUUAUGUGUUGUAUGUAGUGCAGAAGGAGCUUUCAGGCAGUAUUUCCUCAUACUGUUGUUGACUGUUGUUGUGUUGUGUUGUGUCUAUCUACGCUGAUUGACAGGUGGUUACCGGUAACAACAUCCAGAUUCUUGACUUGGGGAAAACCCUGCGACUGUUAAAAGCCGCCACAACAGACGCAGGCAGCUACAGCUGUAAAGCCAUCAACAUCGCUGGCAGCACUGAAAAAGACUUCAUAGUGGAUGUUCUGGGUGAGUAAGGGAAGUGAGAAGCUGUCUAUGGAAGCUUUAAGAAUUAUAGUUAGGGAGCUGUGUGCAGACUUGUGGUGUUAUAAUCCUCGUUAAGGUGCUUGAUAUGUUAGAAAACUUACUUUCAUUUUCAGGAUUAGUCAGCUUGUAAACUGUGAUGUUUUCUGUCUGUGCUAAAAGUUCCUCCAACCAUCGAAGGGUCAAGCUCCUCUCAAGAUAUUUCAGCCAUCGUCAAACAGGAAAUCAGUCUGGAGUGUAAGGUGCAAGGAGUGCCAUUUCCCACAAUCCAGUGGUACAAGGACAGGAAGUAAGAGUCUCCAAAAACAGGAGUAUUAAGUGUCUAAAGUAAAUGAAAUCUGAUUAUGAUAUGUGACAUUUUUUUGUUUCUAGGCUGGUGUUUCUUGGUGACCCCAAUUUAGAGGUGUCUAACAGGGGUCAGGUUUUAAGGAUAAAAAGUGCCCGUCUUGGAGAUAAAGCCCGGUAUCAGUGUAGUGUCAUGAACACUGCAGGCAAACAGACCAAAGACUUCAACCUCAAUGUCUACGGUGAGUCUGGAUGGUCAGACACCCUGCACAGUCAGGCAGGAUCUGCAAAACCUGCUUUUCUCAUAUCUGUAUAAACAUAACCACGCAGCAAAUACCAACAAAUUGAACUUUUUAGUAGGUUUGAUCUUUUUUGGGUUGUUGUUGUUGUUUUAGUGCCUCCAUCUAUCAAAGGUGGUAACUCAACCUCAGAUGUUACCGCCCUGCUGGAUACCCUUGUUUCACUCGAGUGUGAGGCCCGCGGUGUGCCAAGUCCCACUAUCACCUGGUACAGAAACGGCGAGGCCAUCCUGUCCAACCGGCAGGCUCAGUAUGUCGAGAGAGGCCACUACCUGAAGAUCCCACGGGUGCAGGCGUCCGACUCUGGCCUGUACACCUGUAAGGUGACGAGUGUGGCCGGCAGCGCGGAGAAGAGCUUUGAACUGGACGUCUACUGUAAGUAGUCGACAGCUGAUGAUCCACAGACAUUUUAUUUCCUGUUACGUUGCAUGUCAACCAAAGCAAAAGUUGAAGGACACUAAUUUGAUAUGUAGUGUAGAUGAUAUAAAACACAUUCAGUCAAUAAGUCUGCUUUUCAAAUCGAGGGAAGUGAGGAAAUCUCUUCUGCAAAGCAUCCAUUGUCCCUGCAUCUGCAAUCCCUCACAUAUGUGCUGAGCUCUGAAGCUUAUUAUUGCAUUAAUCAGAGCUUUAAGGCAUCUGGUCUCCCUCACUAACUUAGGACAAUUGCAGCAGUCAACAAUAAUAUCAAACAGCUGUGGAUAGUCAGCGAACAAUUGAAUUAUAAAAAAAGAAACGUUGGUCCUUUGAGUGCACGUAAUGGGUACCAGUGGCUUCAAGCUCUGCGCAAUUUUACAAGUUAUUGGCUGAUAAAAGCCUGAAACAUGUCAUGUAAGAAGAUUUCAACUGAGUGCCCGGAGAUUUAACAACUUCUUUUUUCACUUCCCCUUACUCCCCCUCAGUGCCACCCACCAUUGCAGGGGGUGAUGAGGGUCCAACUGAGAGGAAAGUGGUCCUCAGUAAGCCUCUUAUCCUGGAGUGUGAUGCCGGCGGUCACCCUCCCCCUUCCCUCACCUGGCUGAAGGAUGGAGUUCCUGUGCGUGACGGCGAAAGCGUCCGUGUUCUCGAUCAGGGAAGUAAAAUAGAAAUCAUGUCGGCCACGGUGUCGGACUCAGGGCGGUACAUCUGUGUGGCCACGAGCAUCGCUGGAGAGAAGGAGGUCAAAUACGACGUCAAAGUUUUAGGUAAGAAUAACUACAUCGGAUUGCUUUUUGAUUGAUAUAACCAAACCAUCUAGUUCGAGGGCUAAAGCCUCUAUAUAUGGGGUGCACGGUUUUACUGUUAAGCUAAACCAACACAUCAAUGCACAAUGCAUUAAAAAAAGCUCAUCACUAUAUUAGAAAGAUGUAACAUCUAAGUCCAUGUCUACAUGAUUUUUUUCAUUCUUAAAUCCAAACUGACUGCUCGUAAGCUCCACAUGAAUUCACUUUUUCAUCUAGAUUGUGGUUUGUUCAGAUCAGUCCAGGGGUUUGAGUCACAUUUUUUGCAUAUGUGAACAUUGAACAUAAAGAAAAGUUCAGCAUUAAGUUCUUGUAGACAGCUUCAGUGUUCUUAGACCAGUCCAGUUCGUUAUCCAAGUACACCCCCAGGUACUUGUAGUCCUCCACAUUGUCCACACUGGAUGGAAACAGGGAUCACAGGUGCCUUUGUCCUUCUCAUAUCCACUGUCAAUUUCUUGUUUUUUGUUAUGUUGAGCUGCAGAUGGUUCUGCUCACAUGUGACAAAGUUACCCACCACAGUCCUGUAUUCAGUCUCAUCGCCCUUCCUGAUGCAUCCACCUCCAGCAGAAUCAUCAGGAAGUCUGUGGUGUAGAGGGUGAAAAGAAAAGGAGACAGGACUGUCCCCACUCAAAGGAGCUCAGUUGGAGGAAAUGGAUAUUUUUUGUUUUUGUCAGAGAAGUUCAGUGUUGUCUUUCUAGGGCUAAAGUCGGUUAGUCACUACUCCCAAGUAUUUACACAAAGAUGUUUGUUUGGUUUUUCAUUAUGAAUAGCAACAGAAACCUUAUAGGGGUCAGGUGGUAAACCAAGAGUCAGCUGAUAAACCAGAUACAGUUUCCUCUUUCCUCCCCAACAAACCAAAGCUGCACUGUUGAAUAUGGAGUGAUACAGUUUGAGCUGACUGAACUAAUCAGUGACUUCUCUGAGAGACGUGUGCUGCAUGGCUUCAAGAGGGACUCAUUUAGAGGAUACAUUUGUCGUCAUGCUUGUUUGUAUACAGUGGUGCAUUAUGGUUUUCAAAGCACUCUUCUAACCACAUGCAGUACCCUCUUUAGUGUUGACCUAAUCCCUGAAAUAACCACAGCCACACUGGUUGCUUAGGCAUCGACAAAUGUGCGACAGCCAGAAAACAUUGUUCCGUUGUCGGCAGGAUUCGAACCUGCGCGGGGAGACCCCAAUGGAUUUCUAGUCCAUCGCCUUAACCACUCGGCCACGACAACACAUGUGAAACCUGAUCUGGCCUUCAUGAUCGCUGCUGAGGCUGCUGCUAUUGACACCAUGUGUUCGUUCCACAUGGGAAACAGACACCUGCUGAUUCAUGGUGGCCUCGCAUGUCUGACUUAAAGACUCACACACCCCUCCUCUAACACCAGAAAAUUAACUUUAAGAAGAGAGAGGAGGCUCCAUGCAGAAGAUAUUAUUUUAAUUUUAACUAUUUCCCAUCCUUUUCUUUAUCUGAAAAAGGAGAAAUAAAAAGCACAUGCUGAAGUAUAAUAAAUCAAAUAGAUUUCAAAUAAAUCAAAGUAUUCCAUAAAAAAGUUUAGACUUAUGUUGAUUUAUAUUCUUUAAUUCUAGUCCCUCCUUUCAUCGAUGGAGCUGAGGAUGUGACGGACAGCACGGUAAUAAUCAACAGCCCUUUAGAGCUGGAGUGUCACGCCACUGGAACACCAGCGCCUGCUAUCACGUAAGAUCUCCCUCUCUUGGAUCUUGAUAAGCAGACAUGAAAACACACACAUAUAAACAUACACAUUCACUUUUAUUGUCCAGGUGGUAUAAGGAUGGAAAACCAGUCAGACAGGGUGACGGGCUGCGGGUGGGAGCUAGCGGUCGUCGGCUGAUCGUGUCCCGAGCUCAGGUCUCUGACACGGCUCGUUUUCAGUGUGUGGCCACGAAUGAAGCCGGAGACCAUGAGAGGGACUUCAAUGUGGUCGUCCAAGGUAAAAUAUUCAAACGGCAAACACGGUGAACUGCUUUGUGAGCGUUUUAAUUCUGAUGUUUGUAAUUUAUGAUUCGUAUGCAAGCCUCAGGGACUCUUCCACUCUGGGUAAAUAUUUUAGGACUUUUUUUUGGGACUUCUCUUUUUCUAAAUUUGCUGCUGCAAAGUGUCUCAGGACAAACUUGACCCUCUUAACCUUCGCAGUGCCUCCAACCAUUCGCACCACCGGUCCUGCUGAGCGUUCAGUGGUUCUUCACAAGUCCAUCAGUCUGGAGUGUAUCUCCAGUGGUAUCCCUCCUCCCAGUAUUACAUGGCUGAAAGAUGGCCGACCUGUAGACACAACACUGGGAUACCUCAAGGUUAGUACCCUGAUUGUUUGAAUGUGUAUUUGACUUCUUUUAGGGUGGUUCACCAACACUUAUUUACUCAAUCAGAGUUGUGUUUCUUACAUAAUGCAGACAUUUUAAUCUUUCUCUUUACUCGUAACCAUGGUGAUCAAGUCGUGCCUAAUCUAUCUCUGAUGUAUGCUUUAACAAUUGUGUGUUUAUGUUUGUGGGGUUUGUUAUCUCAUCGUGUUAAAGCCAGAAAAGCUCUGCAUCGUUGUCGGCAGGAUUCGAACCUGCGCGGGGAGACCCCAAUGGAUUUCUAGUCCAUCGCCUUAACCACUCGGCCACGACAACACAUUUAAUGUCACCAGAAAUACUUUGUUUCUGGUGACUCUGUUGCUAUAUGUCAUGUAAAAACGUCCCCUUCAGACUGAGAGGAUUCCUGUAGUGUAGAUAUACUCAUCAUCCGAACAUGAUGAAUAGUUUACAGCCUGACCUCCCUCUCUCCUGUGUGUGUUUGUACUUGUGUCUGUUACAGCUGGAGUCUGCAGGCAGGCUGCUAAAGAUCAAAGAGGCAAGACUAGAGGAUUCUGGGAAAUACACCUGUUUGGCCACGAAUGCAGCUGGUGAAACUCAGCAGAACAUUCGGCUCAGUGUCCAUGGUAACUCUCCGGUGCAUGUUCCUGUGGAUUGUCUCAGACAUCUCCUGGUUUCUGUCCCACACAUGAUUCUCUCCACUUUUUGUAUCCAGGGAUUGGGUGGAGACAGGAGAAGAUCAAGUGUUAAUUUGUUGCUCUUGUGUGUAAUACUCUGUGUCCAUCAGAGCCGCCCAGUAUCCCAAACUCUGGAGAGAUCAUCAACCAGACCAUCCUGACAGGGUUCCCCACUGAGCUGGAGUGCAAGGCCACAGGCAGCCCGUUACCUGGUGAGACAGCUCACAAACUUCCUCUUCAGUCCUGCUGCGCUCGCUCACAGGCUCCAGGGUGUAGUUUGCUCCAACUGCUGCUGAGUUGAAGUUGGCCGUGCUGCUUCUUUUCUUUAUCUUUGCCUGUUAAUGGAGGAGUGGAAAAUUGAUCUCAUAUGACUCUCUGCAUGCAGCGCCAAUCUCUCCACACUGCUUUCCAGGUUCAUCACAGAUAAGCAGUCACGCUCCAGUGUGAUUCAAGACUCUUAGCUUCAGAUGUGUCUUUAUUUUAACAGCAGGUGUUUCAGUCAUACAACCUGGUAUACGUUAGGCUAAACUCACUGCAUGUGAAAUAUUUCCUGAGAGUUUUAUGUGGUGUCCAAAAACAUGGAGGUCCGAUAGGUGAAAUAGAUCCAAGCACGACCCUGAUCAGCUCAUGUGAUUUUUAGUUCACCGCAUGAAACAAAGAAAUAUCAACCAGGUAUCAUGUGAAGCCAUCGGAUUAUGUAAUUCACAGACUUUGCUCUGACUUUGUUGACAAUGCAGCGGCUGGAAAAAUGCAUGGAAGAAGACACAGAUUUAUUUACAGUUUCCAAGAAAAUAAAUAUCCCUAUAAAUUGUAAUCCGCCUACAUCCUCCAGGAAAUACGAAACAUUAAAUCUUCCAUCCCCUCCUUCUUCACUGAAGCCAUCCUCAACCUCAUGUAGAUAGAGGAACUUUUUAUGAUGAAGACAGGUGAAAUUAUACUGUAUCUUGUCUUAUUAGAAGCAAGAGAAUGUGCUCAAUCUGAUUUAUUAUAACAGAUCUAUUUAAAGCUGUCCUUUCGGGGAGCUGCUAAAUUUUCAGAUUUAUUGACAUGAAUAGACAGACGAAUAUUAUAAUUAAUAUUCAUAAUUAAAGACUCUAGAUAGUGGGGCACAGGAGUGUAAUAUCGUGAAAUGUUUUCCUUAUAUCUUGCCCAGUAGAUGGUUGAGCAGUUGUUGAUUAGAAAAUAAAUUGUUUUGACUCUGUAAAGUUUUCCAAACUUAACUCAAUGUUGUAUUAUUCAAUUACAUAUUUUUCUAUCCCUCCUAAUGGUUUUUGAUUGUAUUUUUAAGAUACUCUUUGUUUUUUGUCAAGCUCUCUGACUGACCUUUAUACUUCAGCUAUAACGUGGUACAAAGAUGGCCGACCGUUGACAAGUGCAGCCGGAGUGACGAUGUUGAAGCGCGGCCAGGUGCUGGAGAUCGAACGGGCCCAACUGUCUGAUGCCGGCCUGUACAGAUGUGUGGCGGUCAACUUGGCUGGAGUUGCUGAAAUAUCCCACAGCCUGCAGGUGUAUGGUGGGUAUCACUGAACAAAGAUCAUUUAAAGUGAUAUUUAAGACUAGAUAAUACAAUGAGUCUUUUCUGUGUUUAUUUCUCCCUGCAGUGCCUCCUGUCAUCUCCAGUCGAGGUGGCACAGUGACAGUUGUGGUGAAUGAAGCUGCCAGGCUGGAGUGUGAGGCCACUGGGGUUCCUGCUCCCAGCCUCACAUGGCUCAAAGAUGGCAGCCCGGUGGCAAGUGUAUCACAUGGCAUACAGGUGUUUACACAGUACUCCAAAAGAGAGCAUAAUGUUUCUCCUCCUGAUUAGCUCAGUCUACUGUACAUCAGCUGAGCUUAAUGUCAGUCUAUGUCAGCUGAAAGCUCAGCUGAUUAGCAUUAUAGGACUGUAUAGAAGAGUCAUAGUCUUUCUUCUUUUUGCCUUGCUUUGUGUUUUUAGUCUCUCCUUCUCUCUUCUUCUGUCAGGUGUUGUCUGGUGGCAGAGUGUUGUCUCUGAAAAGUGCUCUUGUCAGCGAUACAGGCAGAUACACCUGUGUGGCUGUCAAUGCUGGAGGAGAACAACAAAGAGAGUAUGAUCUUAAAGUUUAUGGUGAGUAAAUAACCCUGUUGAGAGUACAAGGCAGAGGAGUUGAACUGAGAGUCAGCUUGCAUUUCUAUCUCUGAUGACAUGUGAUCAUGCGUGUCUACUUUGACACAACAUGAGCAGAAACAUUAUUGAUGGAGGCUUCGAAAUUGAAGGAUUUUGUGCUAUAUUUUACCUAAACUUAUGUAGACUUAACAUCUGCACUCCCUUUACUCCCUGUUUUUUCACUCUUUUCUGUUAUUUUACAGACAAAGCAAUAACUAGAUUUUGCAAAUUGACCCUUUUUAUUGACUCAACUUUUGUUAUCAUUUUAGUAAACAGCAAAAAGCUAAACUUUCUUUGGUAAGAAGUGUGUCUAACUAUUAAGAGUUUUGGAAAUGGCCAUGAAUUUGAGACUUAUAGUAGUCGUUAAGCAGGUAAUUUAUAGCAUGAGUUGUGGACAGAUGCCGUUGAAAGAUGGGUUAAACUCUCCUCUGUAGGACGCAGUCUUCCUGGCCAUGACUCUAAUGUCUUUUCCUUGUUGCCCUUCUUGUUUUACUGGAUAAUGUUUUGGCUGACUGUACUUUGGCUCUCAACAGAGCGCCAGACUCAGCACAAAGCAUUGGCUGUAAAAUUGUAACAAUAUUUGAAAGAGGCCUCGAGCGAAACAUGUGCAAGCAGAGUGAGGAUGAUAUGACUGAGUUUAGCAUUUUAGUAAACCUUGUCAGUUUCCUCCACAGAGCUGAGCUUGAUGGCGGAUUAGUUGUUGUACAACUUUAAUCAAAGCUAAUGUCCCUGAGGAAAUAAAAGACAAGUAGUUUACAUACCUUACUCAUGUGUCCGUUCCUGUAUGCCUGUUUUAACAUAUGCACGCAGAAACAAACAUCUCGAUGACGUUUGUUUCCUCACAAAGAUCAAAAGGAGCUUGUCCAGCGAAAUAGAGGCAGAUUUGUUGUGGUAAUUGCUACCAUUCUCCGGCAGCUUCCUGUGUCUGGCCAAAUACUGAACGGAGAGCCUGUUUCUGUCCUUCCCCAGUGGCUUCAGCUCUGUCUGUGCAGUAACCAUAAUGAAGGGGAAUUCAGGGGUCAGCAGUUAUUUUCUAAAACAGGCCAGAUUCACCAAAAUAUCAGAGCUAUCUCAUCAAAAUCUGAUGAACUGGUAAAAAUAGUCACUGAAAAUAGAUGUGAUAUAUAAAGCCUUUUCUGCUGUUUGAAUAUGGACACUGUCAUACUAAGGGUGGAGGGAAAUUUCCCACAAUUUCCUCCACUCUGUUUGUGCCAAGUAUAAAUCCAGCCCGGACUUAUACUUUUGGAAAUGCAGUCGAUCAGUCCCAGCAACACCCAUCUAUGGUUGAGAUGUUACUGGGACUGACAGAGGAGGACAAAAAGGUUUUGUUUUGGUUUGUUUUUGUGGGAAUUUCUGCUUCUGAGUCAUUUUGUAUCUCAAAGCAUGUUUGUAAUUUCCAUGGUUAUGAAAUUUCAUAAAGCCCCGAGAAAUAAAAGUUCUCUGACUGUUAUUACGACAAACAAAUGUUGGGCUCUGAAUUUGACAGUCUUUGUAUUUCAAAAGGCUUUAGCUUUGUUAGCAAAAGAAACUAAUUACUAGGAGUUUAAGACUAACACAACGAUUAAUCAAUGCAGAGGAUCAUGCAACGAUUUAGUGUCUCCCUUUGUGCACUUGUUCGAUUUUAUAUGGAAGAGAUGUUUUAGUAUCCUGCCUCUGUGUCUGCCACAGUGCCGCCUAACAUUAAAGGUGAGGAGGUGAACGCUACAGUGAUGCUCGGCCGUCCUGUAGAGCUGCACUGCCAGAGCGAUGCAAUCCCUCCACCUACUCUCUCCUGGCGCAAAGAUGGACGCCCACUCUUCAGGAAGCUGGGUCUGACUGUCUCGGCUGAUGGCAGUGUGCUCAAGGUAAAGCCGGAAUCAGAGAUCAUAAAAACGAAUGUCACCCUGCAAAUCCCUUCUCUCCUCAGACACCUCAUCCAAUAAAGAAAACUCUUAUAAACUCUUAACUGGGUUUGCAGUUUAAAGUGUCUGUUGCAAUAUCUCACUCUUUGUCUGUAGGUGGACAGAGCCCAGGUGCAGGAUUCAGGCAGGUAUUCCUGUGAAGCCACGAAUGUUGCUGGUAAAACAGAAAAGAACUACAACCUCAAUGUCUGGGGUGAGUUCAAAUCAAUUAUGGUUCGAUCCUCUUUUUGUUUUUCCACGGAGAAAAGUUUUUGUGUUGAACCAGCUCUUGUUAAAAGACCACAUUGGCCAGUUUCCUUUGUUAGCUCUGGUUGACCUGACUGACCUCCAGUUUCACAUGACUACAGUAUGGUACUAUUUGGGAUAAUAUGUUCUUUUAUAAAUGUAUUAUUAUAAGAUUAAUUGGUCUUGGGAUCCUCUAUAUUAACAUUUUAUUUAUCUGUCAUAUGUAGAUGUCAGAUAGGUAUUUAAGCGGUUUACUUUUGUGUUGAAGUUAAGUGAAAUACACAAGAACAUACCUUGAAUGAGAUGUGAGCGCCCCCUUUUGGUGUCCUGUCAUUAUUACAGUUUCUCCAAGUAUCCGAGGCUCAGAGGAGGUGUCUCCACUGACCGUGAUUGAAGGAAGUUUGAUCACUCUAGUGUGUGAGUCCAGCGGCAUACCACCACCCAGCCUCACCUGGAGAAAGGAUGGUAAGUGUAGUCAGUGUGUGAGUUUAGAGAGUGACAACUGAUGUGAAAACUAAGAUGUCACUGUGAUGUUUUAUGAUGGAAUGAAUCUGGUCUACAUUGUGAUUCUGUUUGUUCAAGGUUCAGAGUUAAAGUCAGACCAGCGGCUCAGGGUUUUGUCAGGAGGUCGACAGCUGCAGAUCUCCAGUGCUGAGAGGACAGACACAGGCUCUUAUACCUGCACAGCUUCUAGUGCUGCAGGCACUACAUCCAAGGAGUUCAGUCUGCAGGUUUAUGGUGAGUGGGUGUGCCGAUAUAUAUCUGAAGCAAAAAGUAGAUGUUAUUCUAUCUUGCAUAAGUUGAAAGAAAAAUAAAAACGAUAGUAAAUGCAAUCUCAAAAAAAGUUAGAUACUUACUUUCAGGAGCCACAAAUGAUGAAAUGAUUUAAUUUGUAAGUAGUUAGCGUCUCCUCUUUUAUCACUUCAGUCCGCCCUUCCAUCAGCCGCAGUGAGGGCGACACAGACGACAUCGCUGUGACUAAAGGAGGUGAUGUGACCCUACAGUGUGCUGCAGAGGGCAUGCCUCGACCAGCAAUCACGUGGCUAAAAGACGGGCGGCCUAUCACAGGCCAGCACGGUGCAAAGGUUCUGAACGAGGGGAGGCUGCUGCAGAUUAAAGACGCUAAGGUGUCAGACACGGGACGCUACACGUGCAUCGCUGUUAAUGUUGCAGGACAAGCUGAUAGAAAGCACGACAUCAGUGUUCAUGGUAAAAAUAACCAUUUAAUGUUUGUUUUUGUCUUUUUUUAUAGAGAUACGGUUAAACUUAAGGUUUAAAAUGUUCUUUCUGACUCUUUCCCUCCUUUCUCUCUCUGUUAUUCAGUCCCACCUAGUAUAAUUGGUCAGGUCGACUUGCCUGAAAAUGUGAGUGUUGUGGUGAAGAACCCUGUAGCUUUGAGCUGCGAGGCUUCUGGUAUUCCUCUCCCGGCUAUUACCUGGCUAAAGGACGGACGGCCAAUCAAAGCUUCCAGCUCAGUGCGAGUGCUCUCAGGUGAGCUUCUGUUUCACUUUCUGCGCUCCCUCUGAUAACGAAGGAUCGAUUUUUUGUCUCAUUGUUAUCAAAGUUUCUUUUUUUGUGAGAUAGUCCAGACCUUUAGAGAAGUGAGUCGAGCUAGUUUGCUUCCCUCACCGGGUCUCAAAGGCCAAGUGGUUGUAAUACAUCACCAGUAAUUAGAUGUAACAGGAUCAUUGCAUCUGGAGCCAAAUCCAACAGACAGAGAUUUGCGAAAGAAGACAAACAGAAGCAACUGCUUUAAAUUAUGUUUUUGAACAUUUAACAAGAUUUAUUAGGUGCUACUUGUCCUAACUCCAGCCCUUAAAGUUCAGCACAUUCCCAUAAUAACUCAGCAGGAAUAAACACAACACUUCGCUUUGUUUUGCCAAGGAGACCCAUUUAGUACUUGACUUUUUCACAUUUGGUGCUCAAUUUUAGGAUCAUUGAAAAUACUUGGAAACCAAAUAUGUCCGUUAUUUGGUCAAUUUAGCAAUCAGAUUCUGACCAAAGUAAUUAAGAGGUUGAGGCAUUCCUGUGGUCAGUGAGAAAGGUACAUGUUUAUCAGGUUGUAGUCUGGGGUCAGCAGAAAUCACAGAUUCUCAUGAACUCUGUGAGGACGUCAUUGUUUUCAGAAAGAGAUGCCAUUCGUUUUUAGUCUCGGCAAACUAUUUCGUAAAUGUUUGAACAGCUGUGAGCUCGGAGUGUCUGACUCAGAGUCUUUCUGGUAAUUGAUCCCACUUUUCAAAGAGUGGCGAUUUUCCCUGUAGGCGUCUGUGGGAAAAAGAAAGAUUUAACAUCACAGAGCCUGACACAGCAGCUGAAAACAUCCUAUGAUCAAGUUGAAUUAUCGAUAAUUAAAAGCCUGUUUGAUCUGCAGGGGGCAGGAGCCUGCGUCUGAUGCACGCUGCAGUGGAGGAUGCUGGGAGGUACACAUGUAUUGUCUCUAACGUUGCUGGAGAGGAAAGGAAGAACUUUGACCUCGACAUCUUAGGUAAAGAUUUAAUGGGCAUAUUCAGGUACUUUCACGGUUUGCAUAAUGUUGCACAGGGUGAACUUUUGUUAGUGUUUGUUAAUAGAUGAUACCUGAAAUUCACCAAGGGAGCUUUCCAUUUGGUAGAAAUCAUAAAGAAUAUAUGAUUUUGAUUUUUCUUUAACAGUUCCACCCAGUGUUGUGGACGAGGGCACUGUGUUGGACACCAAAGUCAAGGAAAAGCACAACAUUACCCUCACCUGUGAGGCCUCAGGUAAUAUUCCCUCCUCUGCACUCACAUCAAACUCCCACGUAUAAAAAGUCUGUUUAUUCAACUCUUUAAGAUUCAUCUUUAUUCUUCACUGCCAAUCAUUUCCAGGUAACCCUGUACCGGAGAUAAAAUGGCUGAAGGAUGGACAGCUGUUGGUGCCUGACAGACGCCACCAAGUUCUGUCUCAUGGACGUUUCCUUCAAAUUUCUGAGGCUCAAGUAGCGGACACUGGCAGGUACAGCUGCCUGGCGUGGAACAGCGCAGGAGAUCGCAGCCGGCAUUACAACCUCAAUGUCCUCGGUAACACAACACAGUCAUCUGUUUAAGAGGAUUUUAAGUCACUCUCUGUAAAACAACACCUGAUUGAAUUGCACUCUUCUCCUUAAUUUUUUUGACAGUUACUCCCACCAUCGCCGGAUCAGGUCCUGACGGCUCAGCAGAUGAGGUGACGGUUACUCUGAGCAGCCCCACCUCUCUUGUGUGUGAAGUCCAGUCUUACCCUCCUGCUCUCGUCACUUGGCUGAAAGACGGCACUCCGUUUGAGUCCAGCCGCACCGUCCGAGUCCUUCCAGGUCAGAGAUCAUAAUCAUUAAAUUAUUGUGCUCAGUUUGUUUGGUCCUUUAAUUAUUAAGUGAAUAUCAUGUUUUCACAGGUGGGAGAACGCUGCAGAUUCUCAACGCUAAAGAAGAGGAUGCUGGGAGAUAUACUUGUGUGGCCACUAAUGAGGCCGGAGAGACUCUGAAGCACUAUGAGGUCAAGGUUUAUGGUAAGAAUGUUAAAACAUACUUAAGUAACUGUCAUCUGACUUGUUGACACAUAUAAAUCUGUCAAUUGAACAUAUAACCUGAAGAGGCUGCAGUCCUUAGUGCAUGUCACUCUUUCCUGUCCCUCUUAAGCCGUCCGAUCAAUAAGGACAUUAAUUGUCCCAAAAAAUACUUCUAUAACCUGUCUCUUGUCUUCAGUUCCUCCUCAGAUCAAUAAGAACGAUAUCCCAGGAGAAGGUCUGACCCCGAAAGAAGUAAAGAUCAAGAUCAACAGCACACUAACCCUGGAGUGUGCAGCUCAGGCUUUUCCCACCCCUGCACUGCAAUGGUACAAGGAUGGACAGGUAGACAGCUGAUGUUAUUCCUUGGAAUUAUGGGAAAUCAUUAACAUAAAGCGUAUGAAGAUGAAUUUAUGAUUUAUGUCUUUCCUUGCACAGAUCCUGCGUGCAGAUGACCACGUGUCCAUAACAGCCAACGGCCGUAUCGUCCAGAUCAAACAUGCUCAGGUGUCAGACACGGGCCGCUACACCUGCGUAGCCACCAAUAUAGCUGGAGAGGAUGAGAAGGACUUUGAUGUAAAUAUACAAGGUGAACUGGGUUGACUGAUGCUGAUGUCUUAACAGAGACCAUUUGUGCCUCUAAUGGGCUCUGAGAGUUUUUCUUAUUGUUGUAAUGGUAUCUGACUUUGAAAUAUAGCUGAUAUUACAGAAAAUACAUUUAGGAUAAGACCCAUUAUGUUGAUGUCAGCAGUUUUUAAGACAAAUCUACAGCCAUGAUUUCUAUUUCCAUCCCAACUACACUCAAAUAUAAAGCGAUCACCAGAAGGGCUGACAUUUUUCCUCAUUUCUUUUUAGUUCCACCUAACUUCAACAGGCCGGGUGGAGUUGGUGACACCACGUCUUCCUCAGGCUUUGGAGUGGAUGUACGUGAUGUGAUCCUCAACAACCCCAUCUCUCUGUACUGUGAGACCAAUGCUGUCCCUCCUCCUACACUCACCUGGUACAAGGACGGACAGCUGCUGACCUCCAAUGACAAAGUUCUGAUCCUGCCAGGUGAGACAAACCAGAAAGAAAGAACUGAUUGAAAGAGCCAGAGCAAAGCAGAGGUUGGGUUUGUAUUAAGAAAUUUGAUUUUCAGGUGGACGGGUGUUACAGAUUCCCAGAUCCCAGGCUGAAGACUCCGGCAGGUACACGUGUGUGGCUGUAAACGAGGCAGGCGAGGACUCCAUCCAGUACGAUGUUCGGGUUUUAUGUAAGUUUAAACACUUUUCUUUGAGCUACAAAUAUCAAUCCGAAAAAAAACAACUUCACAUGUUAAAGUUUCUCGUGUCUUUCCUGAAAAAGUGCCCCCGAUCAUACGAGGAACAGACAGCGAUUUGCCCGAUGAGGUCACAGUCCUGGUCAACAAAACCACACAGCUGGAGUGUCACGUGGAUGGAAACCCCGCCCCUAAGAUCACCUGGUAUAAGGAUGGCCAGCCAAUCGAGUCCGAGGGGCCAUAUCGGAUCCUGUCUAAUGGGCGAGCGCUUCAGGUAACAACCAGGAACCACAGACGGUUAUUUGGAGCGUCUUCAUUCUGCAGCCAGUCAGUCAAAUCUAUUUCAGGAUAAACAAAUGCACUGGUGAGUUCGUUAAAAUCAUUUAUCUGCAUUUUCUCAUCCAACAGGUGUCGACUGCUCAGGUGUCGGACACAGGACGAUAUGUGUGUGUGGCGGACAAUUUGGCGGGGAGUGCAGAAAAAUUCUUUAAUCUUAAUGUUCAUGGUGAGUCAAACUUUAUUUUUGCUAACAACCCAAAUAAUGUUUAUAUGAACUUAAAUACUGUAAACAGACAAACUAAACCGACUGUAGUAAUAAGGAAAUAACUCUUAGGUUUGCAAUGAUUGGUAAAUUCAUGUUUUGUUGAAUUAAUAUUUGUUAUCUCUUGAUUUCAGUGCCUCCGACCAUUAUCGGUCAAAACCCCGAGACCAUGACUGUCGUGGUGAACAACUUUGUGUCCCUGUCUUGUGAAGCCACUGGUUUCCCUCCUCCCACACUGAGCUGGUUAAAUGAAAGGGGCCCCAUUCAGCCGAACACCAACGCACUCAUCAUGCCAGGUACCCAGAAUAUAAAAUCAUCUACAGGGUUACAGUUAGCAGGAAAAAAAAAGUGCAAACUGUAUUGAAUUGAAAGACAAUCAGAGAAUAUGAUGAUGUCUGCUUGCACGUUUGUUCCCUCAGGUGGUCGUACUCUGCAGAUCCUCAAGGCUAAAGUAUCUGACGGGGGGAAGUACAGCUGUGUGGCCAUGAACCCAGCAGGAGAAGCUUACAAACACAUCCACCUGACUGUUUUUGGUAACAGAGUGUGACAUGAGGCCCUACUGCAGUUUUAGCUUCUGGUUUUAUAUCGCUGACUGGCUUUAAAUGUCUCUUUCUGCUCCCUUUUAGUCCCUCCAAGUAUCCGGGACAGCAGCGGUGACUCCCCUGUAGUGGUGAAUGUCCUCGUUGGGAAAUCAGUGACUCUGGAGUGUGAGUCCAAUGCUGUGCCUCCUCCCACCAUCACCUGGUACAAAAAUGGCAGGAUGGUGACAGAAUCAGCCAACCUACGCAUCCUGGCAGAAGGACGGCUGCUCGAGAUUAAAGGCUCAGAGGUAAAACAGUUUUUUUUUCUUGUGUUAUAGUUUCAGUCGAGGAGAAAAAGUACAGGUCUCUAGAUUUUACUUACAUAAGGGCUAGAGAGGUACAGCGAAUCAGGACAGUGUCUGAUGUGUGUUUUUUGAUUAUUUAAAGCAUUUUCUUCUCUUUCAGGUGUCUGAUACUGGACAGUAUGUUUGCAAAGCCACAAAUGUUGCAGGACAAGUAGACAAGAACUUCCAUUUGAAUAUCUAUGGUAAAACAAAACAACAACAACGGGGUCUUUCUUGAAUAACGUUCAAAAACCUACAAGAAAACUCUUAAAAUCCGAGUCUCUUUCUAAUCCUCCUAGUUCCUCCCAGCAUUGAUGGCCCAGCAGAGGAGAGGGUUGUUGAAACCAUCAGUAACCCUGUCACCUUUGCCUGUGAUGCCACUGGAAUCCCUCCUCCCAGUCUGGCCUGGUUAAAGAAUGGGAGACCCAUAGGUAAACCUGUGUCAAAGAGUUUUAUUAUCUCAUCCUUUCAUUUCAGAUACCUUUUUUUGAGAAAUUUGACCAACCGGGACAAGAAAGAGAGAGUAAUAUUAUAGAAAUAAAUAGAUGUUUAUAUAAACAUAUGAACUUUUAACUUUUUAUCUGCAGAGAACUCAGAGUCUCUGGAGAUGCACAUCUUCUCAGGAGGAAGCAAGCUGCAGAUUGCACGCUCACAGCUUUCUGACAGUGGCACAUACACGUGUGUGGCCUCCAACGUGGAGGGCAAAGCACGCAAAAGCUACCACCUCACCAUACAAGGUACAUGCACAAACGCAGCCUCAGAAAACUGUUUAUUCUUCUUAUCUUAAACUAGCAGAAUGUGCUUUUUCCCUGCAUAAUUUUACUCAGUAUGUUUGUGUUAUGGUUUUAUGUUCCCUUACUAAAUUAAAUAUCAGCUGAUUUAUGGUCUCAUCAGAUAAUCUCAGGAUUUUGCUACAGCUGGUAAUUCUCUCUCAGUCCCUCCUAGUAUCUCUGGAUCAGAGUUGCCCAGUGAAAUGGGAGUCCUGCUGAAUGAAAGCAUCCAGUUGGUUUGUAGAGUUCAGGGAACGCCAACACCCACAAUCCAGUGGUUGAAGGACGGAGAAGUCAUUAAGAACACGAGGAACACGGGGCUCAGGUAAUAAUUGCCCUUAAAAAAAAGAGGCUUAAAGAUGGAUAAGCUUUUGUUAACUUGUAAGGAUUAAAUCUAACAAGGUUGUUCAAACUAAGGCUUAAAUUUUUAGAAAACUGCACACUACAACUACUGAAAGAGAAGAAAAAAACACUGCAUCAUGGUUAUAUCUAUCAUGUUAAAUACAUUUGUAUGUUUUGUAUUCAUAAUUUGACAAAUAAAAUGAUAGUGGAUGAUGUUAUUAUGAUUAUAAAGAUGAACAUGUUGCAUUCAGGAUCAGUCCGGAUCAAAGUACGCUCACAGUGACCGGAGCUCACACAUCUGACAGUGGAAAGUACACCUGCGUGGCCACCAACACUGCAGGAGAGGAGGACAGGAUAUUCAAUCUGAAUGUGUAUGGUGGGUUGUCAAAUUCAUACGACAUGUUCUUGCUUAUUACCAAAAGAUCUCUUCAAGACUUUACUGACUGUUAUCUUUACUCUCUUUUUCAGCUCCUCCUGUGAUUGACGGCAAGAGCAGUGAGACAGCCGAGCACUUAACUACAGUUCUGGACAGUUCUGUCAACAUUGAGUGUGUCGCUACAGGCUCACCUCCGCCUCAGCUGAACUGGCUGAGAAAUGGCCUCCCUCUGCCUGUGUCCUCCCACAUACGGCUUCUCUCUGCAGGACAGGUGCUCCGGUAGGUCAGUGGACAGGACUCAAGAGGGAAAAAAAGAGAUAUGUUGUAGUGUUUUUUUAACUUUAAAACAAAUUAAAGUUUGUUUUGCAUGUAUAGUUUUAGAGUUAUUUGAGCAUUUGUGUUGUAGAAAACUUUUUUAACUUCUGCAGGUUCUUCUGCUUUUAGAAAGUUAUUAGAUUAACAUAGAUGUAAAAUGCAUUUAAAAGUCUAAAUCUUGCUAUGUCAUGUCAGUUUCUACACUCUGCAAACAUUUAGGGGUAUGAAAGUGAAAGAAGGUGUUUUGCUAUGAUAUGUUCUCCAGAAACAUUUUUGUUAUCAAACUGAGCUGGAUAGUUGGUAAGAAUAACAGAAUAAUGAUUUUCCGUGCAUUUGCAUCCAUCAGGAUUACCCGCACUCAGGUGUCAGACAGCGGCACCUACACCUGCGUUGCAUCAAACAGAGCGGGAGUGGACAACAAACAUUACAACCUGCAGGUGCACGGUAAGUUUAAAAACAUCCAGCAAUCAAUCAAACCAGAGAAAUUAAGUCAUUUAAAUCGAACUAAACAGCUGGGAUGUUUGUGUCUCUCAGUCCCUCCUGGUCUGGAUGGAGCAGGGAGCACAGAGGACGUGACUGUGGUCAGAGGACACUUAGCCUCUCUGCAGUGUAUUGCUGAUGGGACUCCCACACCCACUAUGACCUGGCUCAAAGAAGGGGUGGCUCUAAUUACUGACCCCCACCUCAAAUUCCUUAACCUGAACACAACUCUGCAGAUUAUCCAGGCUCAGGUCAAUGACACAGGGCGGUACACCUGCAGUGCUAACAAUACUGCGGGUCAAGCUAGCCGUCAUUUUAACCUGAAGGUCCUGGGUGAGUGAAAGCGGAUUAUGACACUCAUUCUGCAGCUUCACUUGUCGAUUUAUGGAUGAGAAAAUAACGUUUAACUGGGUUUUGUUUUCUUUGUUAGAUCCUCCACGCAUCGAGGGCUCAGGUGUGCCGACAGAGGUGUCUGUUGUGGUCAAUAAUGUCCUGGAACUUCAGUGUGAGGCCUCUGGUAUCCCUGCGCCCUCCUUGACUUGGCUGAAAGAUGGGCGCCCACUCCCGCAGACAGAUAGCCUCCGCCUCCUUCGUGGCGGGGAGGUGCUCCGGGCCUCAUCAGCACAGGUCAGUGACGUGGGACUGUUACAAUGAAUCCCAUUUCUUCUCCAAUUUUAAUUGAUGUCAUUUUCUUUUUCACAUAUCAAAGGCUUUAUUUGUGUUUGAAUUUUGUUGCAUUUUUCCGUAUUUAGUUGGAGGACACGGGCAGAUACAGCUGUUUAGCUAACAGUCCAGCAGGAGACGAUGACAAAGACUUUCUAGUGCGAGUGCAUGGUAAGUCACGCAGAUAUUUUUCCUCAUGCUUGUGCGAACAUAACAAAUACAUUGACAUAACACAAGGUGAUAUCACAUUUUGCUGCACAGUCCAUGUCAAUAAGUCUAUUUCUGGUCAGUUCCUCCUAACAUUGCCGGGGAAAGCACACCUCAGAACGUUUCAGUGCUGCAGAACAGACAGGUGACCCUGGAGUGCAAGUCAGACGCUGUUCCUCCUCCAACUGUGACCUGGCUCAAAGACGGUCAACCAUUAAAGGUCAGAAAUCAUAUUUUAACAAUUCACUCAAUGCUGUUAAUUUACUUUGAAUAUAUAUUCGCAACUGACUUUUUAAUUGUCAUCCAGGCCUCUGCGCGUGUGCGUGUCCUGUCAGGUGGACGCUACUUGCAGAUCAAUAUGGCUGAGCUGGGUGACAGAGCUCAGUAUACCUGUGUGGCCAGUAACAUCGCUGGCAAGACGACGCGGCAGUUUAACCUGGCAGUCAAUGGUACAAGCAUAUGUUAAAUUCAUAGCUGAUUAAACGGAGAAAUACAAAAAAAAGAGGAUGAUCUAGAUCUUCUCUGGCGAACUGGCGCAGUCUGAAUAAAGACUGAAUGAUGAAAGAAAACUAAAUAUUCUUAGAUAACUAAAGAAGAUGACAAUGAGUCUCUCCAGCUGAUAUCAGUUUUGUUUUAUUAUUUUUCUUUUUUUUUGACAUUUAGUUUAUUUGAUGUUGUAUUGUUUAAGAUUCAGCAUGUUUUAAUUUACUUGUACUGAUGGGGAGGAUUCAGUAUAAGUCCUUUAGGCGUCUUUCUCUCCUGCACAGUUUGCUGUACUUCUUUGUUUUAAAUAUGUAGUUAUUUUAUGUCUACUUUUGUGCAAAAAUAAAUAACAAAAAUUAAAAUAAAAAAAUAAGUGGUUACGGACUUCAAAUAUGAAUAUGUCAAUAACUGGCCAUCUGUGUUACGUCUCUUUAGUGGCCCCAACAAUCAAAGAAGGCUCCCAAACAGUGUCAGUGCACAUCAACAAGCCAGCUGUGUUGGAGUGCAUUGUAAGUGGUGUGCCACCACCACGCGUAUCCUGGAGGAAACAUGGUGCAGUCUUGGCAGGAAAUAACCCCAGGUGAGUCCACAUACAGUUCAGCGAGCAUGCAUUUCCUAUGGGUCUAUCCACACAGAGAUCUAUCCAAAGUUGUCUGUGAUAGGGUGACCAUAUUCUAAAUCCCCAAAAAGAAGAUACGACUUCGCGGGGGCGGAGUCACGGAGUCACAAGAAGUUAAUUUUGAGAGUUUUUUGGGUUGGAUCGAGUGUCUUUUACUCGCUUCUAACUCAGUAAGUCCACGUGACACAAACUCAAAACUUCCGUACAAAAUCGCAGACAUUUGAAGGACUUUAUAAACUUCCCCGGACAAAACCAGACAAGGCCGGACAGCCCCCCAAAAAAGAGGACAUGUCCGGGUAAAAGAGGACGUAUGGUCAACUUAUCUGUAAUUUAUUUGGAGGCUUUAUGUUAUUAAAAGUCUGCAUACUCAGUGUUUAUGUAUUUUAACAUUUUAGACCUAACUCGUCACGUUUUGUCAUUGCUGUAUCUUUGCUCAGGUACACAUUUUCAGAGGAUGGUUCAUUACACAUCCACUCUGCCCAAGUGACUGACACUGGUCGCUACCUGUGCAUGGCAACAAAUGAAGCAGGGACACAGCGCAAAAGAGUUGAUCUGCAAGUAUAUGGUGAGUAGUUUAUAUAUAAAAACAUGUGAAUGCUUUGAAACUGUUUCCAUCCUCCCAAAAACAGUCAGGAGGUCAUUUAUUUCUUUUUCUGUCUUCUUGCAGUCCCUCCCUCCAUCGCUGAUGGCCGCACUAAUGUGACUGUCACAGUCAAUGUUCAGACCACUCUGUCUUGCGAGGCCACAGGCAUCCCCAAACCCACGGUCAGCUGGAUGAAAAAUGGUCGCGCCAUCAACACUGACCAGAACCAGAAUAUGUACAGGUUGAUCCAGGUUUUCUCCCUCUCCGUUUUCUUAUUCAAGAUUAAAAACUCUCAGAAGGACAGAACAAAUUCCUCACUUAGGGCAAAAAUGGAAUCAUUUUUUUGAAUAGUUUGCAUAUUUAUAGGGUUGAUAAUUACAACGAAACAACUCUAUUUGUAACAAAAAUUCUCCUUAUUUUCAGGUUAUUGUCAUCAGGCUCCCUGGUAGUGAUAGCGCCCACAGUGGAGGACACAGCUGUGUAUGAAUGUGUUGUCUCUAAUGAAGCAGGCGAAGAUUCAAGAUCCAUCAACCUCACUGUCCAUGGUGAGUGACACUGACACCAUCAGCUGGGAUUAAAACUUUUAGACAUUUUAUUUCUAUCAAUCUCUGACAAAAGUUUUUUUGUUUGUUUUUUUUGUUAUAAUGUUCUCCCUCCAGUUCCUCCAUCUAUAGCAGAUGAGUCCACAGAGCUAGUUGUAACCAGACUGUCCCCAGUGGUUAUUGGCUGUACUGCAUCUGGGGUUCCUGAGCCUACGAUCCACUGGAGCAAAGACGGCAGGAAGCUUUCCAAAGAGGGGAAGGGUUACAACAUUCUGCCAACAGGUGAGAAAAAAUACAUGCAAAGAACAUCCAAGUUUUUAAAUUGCCUCUAAAAACACUAAAAUCAAACAAAUAUCUCUUAUUAUCAUCUCCUCUCUUCAUACACUGAUGAAACAAGGAUUGUCCUAAGUAAUGGAUAUACAAAGAGCAUAUUAAUAUUUAUUUUGUGUGAUGGUUUUUCUCUUUAGGUCCGAUAGAGAUCACCUCAGCAGAGCUCAGUCAUGCAGGACGUUACUCAUGCACGGCUAAAAAUGCUGCAGGCUCCACCCACCGCCACGUACAGCUCACAGUGCAGGGUAAGAGUAUACCGAGAUGGAAUAAACACGACUGCUAGGAUGUUUUUUUAUUUUUUAACUUGAUCAUAUUUUUCCUUCAUCUUGAGCAUCUCUGUUUUUCCCAUCACUCUCCUCAGAGCUUCCAGUGAUCCAGUCUCAUCCGUCCAUCCUGGAUGUGAUCCUGAAUAACCCCACUAUUCUGCCCUGCAGGGCCACAGGCUCACCAAGACCUACCAUCACCUGGCAGAAGGAGGGCAUCAAUAUACCCACCACAGGUAGUAAAUCCUGACCGUAUCUGUAUGUUCACAGCUGAAAGUAAUUGGUCAUAACAUUGUCUCUCCUGUACGGUACCAGGUGGAAUUUUCACAGUGCUGCCUAACGGAAGUCUCCAGAUCUCUAAGACCUCCGUGUCAGACUCAGGAACAUACAUAUGUGUGGCUCAAAACCCUGCAGGGACUGCACUAGGAAAGACAAAACUCAGGGUACAAGGUAAGGCACACACUCGACACUCUAGUGCAUUCAUACAAACGUCAUUCACUAAAUCAUAUUUAUCAAGUCUUUGGCAGUGGUAAAUGUCUUGAAGCCCACAUUGGAUUAUAUUCAUGUCCUCCUUUUUCUUACACUGUUUGAUGGGAGUGAUAUUUCUAUUUGCCUUUUUCUCGCAGUCCCUCCAGUAAUCACCUCAGAGACUCAAACUUACGUGGCACCCGUGGACUCCUCCGUAACGCUUCAGUGCCAAGCGGACGGCUCCCCUCCCCCGUCUGUCUCAUGGUACAAAGAUGGGCAGCCACUUAGGGAAUCUGUACGCCAGCGGGUUCUCAGUUCAGGAUCCCUGCAGAUCGCGUUCAUCCAGCCGAGUGACACUGGGCGAUAUACCUGCACUGCUGCAAACGUGGCGGGAACUGUCAGCCUUGAGAUGAGCCUCACUGUUCACAGUAAGACUCUCAAUCACAUGUACUAUACAGUGUAUUUUUGAUGAAAACAAAUCCAGAAAAUAAGCCUCGUUGUUGAUACAUGGUAUUAGGGGACUGUAUAUUUCACGGGAAACUCUUCCUUUGCAGUCCCACCUUCAAUUCGGGGUGGAGAGCCGGAGGUGUCAGUGGUGGAGAACAGUCAGGCUCAGCUGGUAUGUGUGGCAGAGGGGGUUCCUCAGCCCAGUCUGUCCUGGGAGAAAGAUGGUACACCUCUCACUGAAGGCACAGGGGAGUUCACAAUCCUGCCCUCUGGAGAGCUGGUGAUUGACAGUGCCCAAGUAAGAGAAACAGGGAAAUAUCUUUGUACUGAAUUUAGUCUUAGUGCUUCUGUCCAGAUGUUGUAGGUUUUAAGUCCUGCGAUGUGGAGCCUGCUAAUCUCCUCUUCUUUGUGUCUUUUUUCUGCACCAGUCUGAAGAUGCCGGCAUUUACACCUGUGUAGCCACUAACGCUGUGGGACAGGACAGUCACACAGUGUCCCUUUCUGUUCACACUCACCCUAUCUUCACCGAGCUGCUCGGAGACGUGGCUCUCAACAAGGGAGAGCGCCUCCUGCUGACCUGUGGUGUCAGUGGUAUCCCCCCUCCAAAAAUCACAUGGGCAUUUAACAACAACAUCAUCCCAGGUACACAGCUGCAUCACACAGCGAUUUGAUGCACUGUAAAAUCCAUCAGACAAAUGUGAAUAUGACCUUUUUAAACCUAUGACCUUUGUCAUUUUUCAUAGUACACUACGAUCAUAUGAACGGCCACAGUGAGCUGGUGAUAGAAAGAGUGAGCAAAGAUGACUCUGGUACGUACACCUGUGUGGGAGAAAACAGCGUCGGAACCAUCAAGUCAUUGGGCUUUGUCUAUGUCAAAGGUAACACCUGAUAAAACCUUUCUCCUCAACUUCAUGUUUAAUUUCUGUUUCUAUUAAUAUCUCACUUGGUUUACCUAUAUUUUACAUUUCUUUGAUAUAUUUUACACGUAAAAACAUCAUAAUUUAAAUUCAUGCAGAUUCAAAUGUACUUUGAAAUGUUUUUAUAGAUUAAUUUCAUGUGUUAUAGUGUUUUAUGAGCCGUUAAUGAAAUGUUUGGAUCCAGGUUAUGCAUACUAACUGGGAAGAUUUAUGGUCACUGCCUUUCUCCAGAGCCUCCUAUCAUUGAUGGAGACCCUCACUCCAAUCGUAUCGAGCCCCUGGGUGGUAACGCCAUCCUGAACUGCGAGGUCCGAGGCGACCCCUUACCCACCAUCAUGUGGAGCAAAAAUGGAAUAAACAUUCAGAUCAACAACCGCAUCCGCCAGCUGGACAACGGCUCUCUCGCCAUCUAUGGCACUGUGGUACGAAAACACUUCAUGUAAUGGUCUCUUGUGUGUAAUGCUUGUAGAAAUGCUCCUUUUUUGACCAUAAUUAUAAACUCUUUUGAUUCAUUUCUUUACAGAGUGAAGAUGCAGGCAGCUACAUGUGUGUGGCAACAAACGACGCUGGGGUUGUAGAAAGGAGCGUCACACUUACUCUUCAGCGUGAGUUUCUAUCGUCUCUUUGUCAGUCCUUCUAAACUCACUUUGCCGUAUUUUCUAGGUAAACAAAACAAAAACUGUUAUGGCUGAGAUGUAUUUAUACUGAAACCUUGUGUUGAUUGAAAUCAGGAAGGUCACGUUUAAAGUUCAGCUUCCUUUUUUCAGGUGCACCCACAAUCGUAGUCGAGCCGGUAGAGACCGUUGUUGAUGCCGGGACUACAGUCCUGCUCAACUGUCAGGCAGACGGUGAGCCGACACCUAUGAUGGAGUGGUCACGUCAGGGGCGCCCUCUGCUGGGCAACGACCGCUUCUCCACCCUGUCCAAUGGUUCUCUCCGGAUCAGCAGCGCCCAGAAGGAAGACACGGCUGAAUAUGAAUGUGUGGCCAGAAACUUGCUUGGAUCAGUGCUAGUCAGGGUCACUCUGACUGUACGAGGUGAGACCCAACUUUGAUUUGAACACCCCAGAGAUGCAGUUAAAUUGUUUAUCUACAAUCUACCAAAUUAAAAGUACUCAUUAUUGUUAAUUAAUUAUCCACAGUGAAUAAGAUCAAAUCAAAAACAGCUGACAAAUACACCUGUACUGUAUUUUCCAGUUCAUGGGGGCUUCUCAGAGUGGGCAGAGUGGGGUCCCUGCAGUGUUUCCUGUGGCGUUGGCUCUCAGAAGAGGCUGAGACAGUGCACCAAUCCUCGACCUGCUAAUGGAGGGCGCCACUGCGCAGGAUCAAACACAGAGACGCGUAGUUGUCAGGGAAAGCCAUGUCCAGGUGAGUGAAAUCAACCUUGUCUCUCCGUGUUAGGAAAUGAAGUACAAAUGGCGUACACGUAUAAAGAGAAAAUAUAUACUUUCAUACUUCCAGUGGAUGGGAACUGGUCAGAGUGGUCUCUGUGGGAGGAGUGUUCUCGUACCUGUGGUCAGGGGAACAGAACCAGGGUCCGUACCUGCAGUAACCCUCCAGUUCAGCAUGGAGGCCGGCCGUGUGAGGGGAAGGCAGUGGAGGUCAUCAUGUGCAGUGUCAGACCUUGUCCGGGUAACAAAGAUUGUCACAAAUUUAACUUUCCACCAAUGUGGGUAAAUGUGUGACUGUUGGCUCAACUCUCUGUUUGUACCCCUGCAGUGGCUGGUAACUGGGGGUCUUGGCUACCCUGGAGCUCAUGCAGUGAGACCUGUGGUAAAGGUAUGAAGUCCAGGAUUCGCUUGUGCAACAAUCCUCCUCCAGCUUUUGAUGGGCCGCAGUGUGAGGGUUCAGACACCCAAACACAAAUGUGCAAAGAAAGACCGUGUCCUGGUGAGCAUUCACGCUUGUACAGUUUAGUUCAAAUAGAAUAGUCACAAACAUAAUUUCAUCUAAAAUAUCAAAGUGCAUGUGACUGAGCUACUUCUUCUUUUCUCUCCCCCCCCAGUGGAUGGGAAGUGGUCUUCGUGGGUGAGCUGGGGAGCUUGCAGUGUGUCUUGUGGAGGCGGGACCAGACAGAGAACACGCCUCUGUGCUAGCCCCGCCCCUCAGCAUGGAGGCAGGCAGUGUGAAGGCAACGAUGUGCACAUUGACUUCUGUAACAGUGACCCAUGCCCCAGUAAGUCUGUUUAACUUAUGUACUAUCACAGGUUAGCCGUAUGUUUAAGAAAAAUUGUUUAUCUUCAUAUCUGUGUGUAAAAUCAUGUGUACUUUUAGGUUCCUGUAAGGUGUCUUUAACAAACUCACUUUGUGUGUUGUAGUUAACGGUAACUGGGGUCCAUGGAGCAGCUGGGGCAGCUGCAGCAAGACAUGUAACGGAGGACAGAUGAGACGCUACAGGACCUGCGACAACCCGAGACCUGCCAACGGUGGGAGAGCAUGUGCAGGAGCAGAUACUCAGAUACAGAGAUGCAGCACAGAGAACUGUCCUGGUGAGUAAGCAUGCUUGAGACUGUCUGAGAUCGCAGUGUUCACAUAUCCAUGUAUUUUAAUGGUUUUUAUAUUUGGAAGGUGUCUUUAUUUACACAAUAUGUACUGAUGGCAUCAAUAAUGAUAGUAAAAACAUUUUUUUAUAGAGGUGGUGUGAAGGGAGGAGGUGGAGCUCACAUAGUAAUGGAUAUGGACUGAAAUUUAUGUAAGAUUUAGCUAAUAGGAAGUAGAAAGAUGAUAAAUAGAGAAGGCCCUAAGAAAGAGCCUUGGGGGACUCCAGCAGUGAGGAGAAAUGAAAUGAAGAAAUGAAUUUUAGAGUUUUGUUCUGAAUGAGCUAGAAGCAGCCUAGUCUGUCUGUCUGUGUUCUUCUAAUUUCUUUGUUUGCAUGUGUUUUUUUUUUAUAAAUUUUUGGGGAUUAUAUCACUACAGUUGAUGGUAAUUGGGGUUCGUGGCAACCAUGGGGAGACUGCUCUGCUUCCUGCGGUGGAGGAGAGAGGUCACGUGUCCGUCUCUGUAAUAAUCCGUCUCCCAGCAACAGUGGUCGGCCAUGUCCUGGAGACUCCUCCCAGCUAUCCAGGUGUAACACUCAGGCCUGCCCCGGUAUGUUUUUUUUUUAAUUAAAUGAUUAAAUGUGCGAUUAAGUGCAUGGUUGUUGAAUUUUUUUUUUCAUGCCGUCUAUUUUCCAGGUGGGCCUCAGAGGGCUCGAGGAAGCAUCAUUGGGAAUAUCAAUGAUAUUGAGUUUGGCAUCGCCAUCUUAAACGCCACUAUCACAGAUAGUGAGUCAGACGGCAGAAUCAUCAAAGCUACUAUCACGAAUAUACCAAGAACUUUAGGUAAGCUGUCAAACAGCUGUUUUUAUUUUUAUGUGUUAUUUUUUCCUCUGCCUUAGUUCAGCUGGCACAGUUUGGUUGUAUGAAUAUACUGACGAAUGAAUUAUUCCCCUUUUCUGCCUGAUUUAAAGGUCCUGCGAUGAGAAAGCUCAUCUCAAUCCUGAACCCCGUCUACUGGACCACUGCUCAAGAAGUAGGAGAGGCAGUCAAUGGUUACACACUGACAGAUGGUAUCUUCAGGCGAGAGACACAGGUGGAGUUCGCCACAGGUAAGAAUGGACUGUCUCUGUGUGCCUCUGACAUGCAGAGUAACUAUGGUUCGAAUAUGUUUCUUGCAGGCUGUAUAAAAACACAGAAAUAUUGAUCCCUCUUAGGUGAGAUACUGAGGAUGACCCACAUCGCCAGAGGCCUGGACUCAGAUGGAGCGUUGCUGCUGGACAUUGUAGUAAACGGACACAUCCUGCAGCUGCCAUCACAGGCUGACAUCAACAUCAAGGUAUAAAGAUGAGAUGCAAAGAUUUGUUGCAGAUUGUUGCAUUAAUUGAUUUAUGAUUUAAAAAAGAUUGAAUUGUAUAUAAAACCUGAAAUAUAUCAAUAUGAACCAAGUUUUAUUUGAGCCUAAGAUGCUCUGUGCCCCCCUCUUUCAAUGAGUCACAUUUAGAGAUAUUAACUUGAUUUCAGCUGCUUUACUACAAAUUCAGUAUCCGCCAAAGUUUGCAGGAUUUCUUGUAAGUAAACAUUAAAAUGUUGCAUUAGUUCAAAUUGCCUCACAUGAUAAAUGUGUUGGACUCAGGACUACACAGAGGACUACAUCCAGACCGGCCCAGGUCAGCUGUAUGCUCUGUCUACACGCAUGUUCAGUGUGGACAGGGAGAGUGUGCCUUAUUCCUGGAACCACACCAUCUCCUACGACGUGUCCAAAGGCAAGAUGCCCUACCUGGUGGAGAUGCUGCGCGCCACUGCCAUCAGCGCUCACUACCACCCCCUGGAGGAGAUGUUGAAGUACAGCAUCCAAGCUAGUAUCUCCAAGGGUGAGGAAAAUCAAACCACACUGCUCUGAAAUAGGAAAUUAGACCGUGAAAAAGAAAUAACGUGACUUAAUGUAAAAUUCCCUGUUUAUCCUGUAAGUCAGUUGAUUAACUCUGGUUUCUGUUUUUUUUUUUUUUUUCAUUUCUUUGAAUUUUUUGUGAUAAAAGUAACAAAAAUUUAAUGUUGAAACGCUCACAUGGUUUUCAGGAGAUCGCAGUAACCAGUGUCCUCAGGGAUUCACUUUGGUGUCCGCUGGCCCGUACUGUGCAGGUAAUGUUGAACACACAUAAUACUAUUCCUAACAAAGUGUGAGUCACUUAACUAGUGUUGUGUUGUUUGUAUAAGAAAUCAGCAGAACAGUCAAAAUAUCAGUCAUAAAAGUCAUGAACCUGAUGCUUUAAAAAACUAGCAGACACACUAACUGCGCCUCAAACUGUUGCUGUGAUAUCGCUGGUGAUGUUUUUUGUGCUGCAGAUGAAAACGAGUGCAAGGUGGGAAACCCCUGCUCUCACGCCUGCCACAACACUAUGGGCACCUACUACUGCUCCUGUCCCCGAGGCCUCACCAUCUCAGCUGACGGCAGGACGUGUCAGGGUACUUGUCACACACACGCUUUAUGUUAUAAAUCAGUCAGCUGUUUAUCAUUGAAGAAAUUAAGCUCUUGUUUCUCCUCAUAGACAUUGACGAGUGUUCGUUGGGCGGUAACGUGUGCCAUGAAGGACUGGACUGUGAGAACACGAUUGGGUCAUACAGAUGUGUUAUGCGCUGUGGGCGGGGCUUCAGGAGAACGGCUGAUGGUCUCAGCUGCACGGGUUCGCCAACAAGCUUUAUCGGCUGUAUUUAGACUUGAUGGAAAUGUUGCUGGCAUGACAUUUGACGUCAGUUUCCUUUCUGUUCAGAUAUCAAUGAGUGCCAAGAGUCCAAUCCAUGUAACCAGCACUGUCUGAACACGAUAGGGAGUUACAGAUGUGCCUGUGAGCCGGGCUUUCAACUCAGGAACAGACGCUGUAUAGGUGAGACAGCGACCUCUCAGUGUUUACAUGCUUUAUUGUAACAGUCACAGGAACUCGACACAAAUAAUUGUCGUUUCUUUUCUCUCUUUUCUCACUGCAGAUAUAAACGAGUGCAGACAGCGAGUCUGUCGAUCAGAUCAGCAGUGUAAAAACACACGAGGUGGUUACACAUGUAUCGACCUGUGCCCCAGUGGUAUGACCAAAGGUGCUAAUGGGACUUGUGUAGGUAAGGAUUCACAUGUUUCCUGCUGAGGCAGUAAGCAUUUGUCAAAGUUCAUGUUAUGUAGGGUCAGCUCAGCCACCUAAUGUAGUUAACUUAGAGGAAUUACAAACCCAAACAUUGAAGUUGGCUGAAGUGCACUCUGUAAAACAUUUUCAGCACAUUACACUGCUGCCACAAGCAUUAUUGACAAAUGCAACACAUGCAAGUUUCUCCGCCUGCAGAGCACUGAUGGCUGUUUAGAUCCGCAGCCUUCAGAAGAGACAAAAAAUAAAAAAACUGCCGAACUAGAUAACUCUGGAUUCCCCUCUCUGUGGUUUUCUACUUCAUAAAGCUAUCCGGUAACACUUUACAAUAACCAUAACUGUUAAAUAAAACAAACAUUUAUAAAUGCCAAGCAGAUAAUUUAUUAAUGUUUAAUCAUCAUUUAUAAAUAGCAUAUAGACCAUUAAUAAAUUGUAAACCCUAACCCUAACUUUACAAUAACCAUCUAAGUAAUGUUAAUAGAUGGUUUAUAAACCACUUAUUAAUCAUUUACAAAGUAUUACAAACAUCAGUUGCAACUUUACAAUAACCAUCUAAGUAAUGUUUAUAGAUGGUAAAGUGCUACUUACACAUAUUUUAAUCUAGAUGUUUUAUAACCAGCACUUAAACCCUAUAUAAACCUUUAAUAAAUAGUCCAUUAAUAAUUAAUGAAAAUUAUAAAUCAUAAUUUCAUUGCUUGUUAAUGGUUAAGUAACUAUUAACUUACAGUAAUAAACUAUCUAUUUGCCAUUUAUAAUUGGUCUAUAUGCUGUUUUUAAAUGAUGAUUAAACAUUAAUAAACUAUCUAUUUACCAUUUAUAAAUGAUGGUUAUUGUAAAGUGUUACCAGGCAUCCUUUUUUAGCCCACAUUUAACGGCAUGUCAUCGCUGUUAAAGCUGAUCACUAUUUAGUUUUCUCCUGCAAAUAGUGAGAAAAUGAAUGAACCUCUUGAUGGCAGUGUAAAGCUCUGAUAAAGUCCAUGUAUAGCAUUGUCUGACACUGUUACUUAAACUUGUGUUUACCUUUCUUAAAGUUAGCUAAGUUAUGUCAUAAACUUUCUUUGCUGUGCUGAUGAUUAACAUUUACCUCUCAGGGUCCCAUUAAUGGAAAAUCUUUUGUUUUUCACAUUGGUUUCCUUUAUUUCCUUUGUGUCUCACUGUAGACAUCGACGAAUGCAGGGACGGCACUCAUCAGUGUCGAUACAAUCAGAUCUGUGAGAACACCAGAGGCAGCUACCACUGCACGUGUCCGCGGGGCUACAGGUCACAGGGAGUGGGACGGCCCUGCCUCGGUGCGUAAAACCCUUGUCUUGUAACCUCAUGAGGAAAUAAUAUUAUUAACAAACUCAGUCCAGUAUUUAAUGACAUUAACAUGCUUCAUUAGAGACAAAGCAGCUGAUACCUCUCCUUGGUUUUUAAUCUUUUCAGUAACAUUCAGUUUGCCGGGCAAAUGAGAAAUGUUUGUGCUGCUCCUCCCUCACAUCCGCUUGCUUCCUUUCAUCGACUCGCUCGCUUCUCGCUCGCUGGCCCCCCUUUUCUCUUCCAGCUGUGUUUAAAGUCUUUAAUAAUUCCGCUGCCAUCUUCAUUUCAGUAUGCACAUUUUGUCCUGCCAUUGCUUCUUAACAUCUCUGAAACGCUGCGAUAAAAAAACUGCCGAUUAACUCAACAUUGAUGCAAAGUUUCUGCACAGACUCACGGCAUGGCUUCAGAUUAUCUGCAGCUAGGUUAAUGCCACAUUUAUUUGCCUCCACUGCUGGACAGGUUUAAGAGACACGGUAGGGUAAAAGGAAAGGGAAUAGACAGUGAAUGGAUCCCUCUUUGACACCACAGCAGUAAGAAAGACCAGCACCAGCACCUCACAGCUCUGUCUGUCUCUUGUUUCCUUUCACUUCUCUCCAUUUCUGACUUUGAAAACAGUUCCUCUGAUGUUUGGAUUUGGCUAUUUCCUGGAGUCGCUUUCUAUUGGCCGACACUCACUGUUGCACUUUGUGACAUCUUUAACAUCGUAAACUGAUGUCUGUCUUUGUAAUAUAUUCAUCAGGCAUUAACUGGGAUAUCACACCUGAUAUUGACUGUCAAUAAUAUCAUCAAAGUUUUAUCAUCAAGACGUUUCCUCGAUUUGAUAUGAGACUGUCUCAUACAAAUAGUUUUUCAAAAAUACAUUUCUGUCUCAGGGACGUGUAAAUGUAUUGUUGAACAGCGGGGUAAUUGACAUAUACCCUUUCCUCCCCUUCAUCCUCGUCUCUCUCCUCUGUUUUCACGGCCCGCACCACCUCAUUUUUAUCCACCCUUUGCUCUGUUACUCCUGCUCCUCUUUCUUUCUCCUGGUGCUGGUCUGUCUUUGUGUUGAGGGCAGACAUAAAUGAGUGCGAGCGGCUCCCUCAGCCCUGCGCCCACCAGUGCGUCAACACACCCGGCAGCUUCAAAUGCACCUGCCCACCAGGGCGCCACCUGCUGGGUGAUGGCAAGUCCUGCGCUGGUCUGGAGCGUCUGCCCAGCUAUGAGAGUUACUCAUUCGGCUACAGGACGGCACAGUCCUCUCCUGACAGCAGCUCCUACCAGCGACUGUACCACAACAUGGCCUCUCAAAGCCACCACUCCUACUCAGCCAACCCAAGGGGGCGCUACAGGGGCCGGAGUCGUAGGGAGGCCAGCAUGCAGGGUUUCCUCGUUUGUCGGCAGGGGUUUGAGUCCAAGGGUGGCUCCUGCGUAGGUAACUAUGGAGGAUAGGCAGACAUGAAAGGAGAGAGGGUGCAGAUGAACACUGAAGCUGCUGCUCGAGCUUUAAACAUGGAAGAGUGUUUCUGAAAUAGUGUCUCAGUACAUCGCUUAUUUCCCCUACGCCACUUUGCGUUUGUCUUCAUGUUUGUGCCUCGCCAACAGACAUCAACGAGUGUGAGGUGAGGGACGCAUGCCAGCACGAGUGUUUGAACACACCAGGGAGCCACAGGUGUCUCUGUCCCGCCGGUUACCGCCUCAUGACUAACGGCAAGACGUGUCAAGGUGAGAGCUCCCUGCACCUCUAUCUUUUUGAUUUUAUUUUUACAUAUUUCAAACUUGUAUGCAAAAAAAUAAUAAUAAUAGAAAAAAAUUGUAACCCUUUCUUUUACGGUUCACUUAUUACCAGGUAAUUAACAGGUAAUUACCUAGUAACAACAUGGAAUUAUCUGGUAAUUACAUGAUAACUACUAAGUCAAUACUGUCUAGUUUUUCUUUUUUUCUGUUUUCUGUGCAUCUCCAUUUUCAAAAGCUAUUUGGGAAAUCCUGGAAAUACCAGAGCAAUUCGGCUUCAAAUUUGUAUGAUGAUGGAAGUUUACCUACCUGGUAGCUAGACAGUAUUGACUUAGUAGUUAUCAUGUAAUUACCAGAUAAUUUCAUGUUGUUACUAGGUAAUUACCUGUUAAUUACCUGGUAAUAAAUGUACUGUAAAAAGAAUGGGUUACUGAAAAAAAUUCAUUUACAUACAAAGAAGAAAAUAAAAAGAAAUGAAUUAUACACGUUUGAAAAGGAGUAGGAAGAAGUAAACACCCUUAUUACUUUUCCUAAUGGGUUUUAUAUAAACUUUUGCUCGAGCAUCUUCUGAUCUUUAAUACAGUUUGUGAUAAAUUAAUAAUGAGGGAGUUUUUGUACCUACAGACAUUGACGAGUGUCUGGAACAGAAUAUCCAGUGUGGAACAAACCGGAUGUGCUUCAACAUGAGAGGAAGUUACCAGUGUAUAGACACGCCCUGUCCGCCAAACUACCAGAGGGAUCCAGCAACAGGGUAAACCGUCACAGAAAUAUGGAACAACGAUUUAUAUUUGUUUUAUUAACACUUAAAACUCCCACGUGACACCAUUGAUAUUGUUUACAUUUUCUCGGGAACUAUGCUGUGUAUCUCUAUGGGAUAAAAAGUGUUCAAAAGCUUACCCUUUUGGCGAUCUAUCAAGGUUUUCCAGGCAUUUCUACACCUGCCACAAGGUUUACAAUCCAGCCACAAAAAUAGGUGUUUGAUCAAAGACGUUUGAUGGUAAAUCUGCAGUGAUAUACCAGUGAAAACAUGAUUAUUUAUCAUAUUGUUGUGAGAAAAAAGGUCGCUAUAUAUAAACAACUGUACAACUGUAAAUAGUAAGUAAAAAAAAAAGCCUGGAGGAAUUAGUGUAAAUAUGUAAAUAGUUUCUGUUGUGUGUUUGUUCCAAUCCCAAUAUUUAUUCUCCUGAUAGCCAAGACUUAACAGAAUGAUGUGCAGGUGAGAAAAGGCUCGGUCACUGCAGAUUUAUGUGUUUUUUGAACAAAGUAUUGUUGGUAUCAAUUUCCAUUUUGUUUUUUGGUUGACUUUAAUGGUUCUGAAUCUACUGUCACAUUCAUUUUACAUGAUUUUUGCACCCAUAAACUGACAGCUAAGGUUGUCCUGAAAAAAAGAUGUGUACAUAUUUGCUGUGCUGACCAAAAAAAGCAAAAUAUAGCUGGAAUUCUGUGUCUUAUAAAUUUCAUGUCUCUGUUGUAGGUUUUGCCUGAAGAACUGCCCACCGAACGACCUUGAGUGCGCACUGAGCCCGUACGCCCUGGAGUACAAGCUGCUGUCUCUCCCCUUCGGCAUCGCAGCGAACCAGGACCUGAUCAGACUGGUGGCCUACACGCAGGACGGAGUGAUGCACCCCAGAACCACCUUCUUAGUGGUGGACGAGGACAUCACUUUACCUUUUGCCCUGCGAGACGAGAAUCUGAAGGGAGUGCUCUUCACCACGCAGGCGCUCCGAGAGCCCCGGACAUACCGCAUGAAGGUGCGAGCCCUCUCCUACAGCGAGGACGGAGGCAUUGAGUACCAGACCACCUUCAUCGUGUACAUCGCCGUCUCUGCCUACCCCUAUUGAGAGCACUUUAAGAGACGUAGGACAGAAGGAGCGCUGAUGAAUCGUGUCCAUGAGGAGUGAAAGUGUGGUUUUGGAAAAGCUGCCUCAGUGAAAAAUAAAAAACUAAAACAAGACUGUUCAGUGCGAGAGAAGACAGCGAACAGCGGGGCAGGAGAUGUAAGUAAGCAUAUUCAAAGGGCAAACAAUCAAGGCAACUGGAUACUUGGAUAAACUGGCUAUUUAUCGGCUCUAAUCCUGGAAUCCUCUCCUCAGCCUGUAUCAAAGUUUCACUUAUUCCCCCAACCAACAAGAUUUAUUUAUAAGAUCUACAAAAAUUCGUCCUUAAAGCCGACGCUUCCACCUCUGACUCAGAAAGCAGGCUUCAACCCUACUCAUGAAAUCGUAGCUAGCCUUUUAUCUACUUUUACCUUUUAUUAACUUAUUGGAAAGUGCUUGAACGAGAGACACAGGCAGUUUCCCGCCUUUGUUUAGACUUUGUGCUCAUUGUGGAGAUAGAAAACUUGACUGUCACGUGUUCUACAUCCUCAGGUAGUGGCCUUAAAUACACACAGGUGUAUUUGACAGAAACUCCAUCCGAUCAUUACACUGAUGAGAUCAUCUAUGUGCCAUACUGCUCCAUCCAAUACCAAGAUGUAUUUUAUUUUUAUGACUUGUACAUAUGUGUUUUUUUUUUCUCAUAAUGUAUUGCUAUACUGUAACUAUUGUAACCAUUUUGUAAUAAAAAUUUUAUAAAUCAAUACAGGCUGACGUUAAUCAUGAUAGGGCAUGCAUCCAUGGUCAGACAUCCUUCACUGUAAUCACUUGGUGCCUGUAUAUUAAAAAAAAAUCUGCUUGACAAA